AUGGAGCUCCUUGGAGUUACAACCCUGCUACUAAUACUCUGUGUGAUUUUCCUGCUCUUUAACUUAUCUCAAGGCAAGAAACAGAACAAGUCGAGGUUGCCCCCUGGUCCCACUCCAUUGCCUUUUCUGGGAAAUAUUCUACAGCUCAAUAAAAAAGAGGCUUUCAAGCAUUUUAUUAAGGUGAGUAAUUCUUCAAAAAAAUAAAAUGAGAUAAAAUCUUACUAGAGUGUACUAUGUUUCAAAUGUGAAAUAGUUAGAAGACUUUCAAUUAUUGACAUUUUAGACAUAUUAUUUAUAUUUUAUAUUGGUAAUUCAUGGCUAGCUAGCAAAUAAUAUAUUCCAGUGAGAUAUUUCUUUUGAUAAGCAUUCAUUUUUUUAUUGCUUGGAUAUCUGAAUACAAUGUAUCACUCUCAAAGGUUAAGGUUUCCCAGGGCCUUUGGCAGGGUGCCAGAUAGGGGGACCCUCCUAGAGCACAGGGCUCCGUUUCUGUGAGUAGUGUCUGUGUAAAAGUGUUGUCUAUGGAAGAGGGUGAGAGCUGUUGGAGGAGAGCUGAUUGUGUCUCUGUAGUGACUGGAUUAUGUGUGUGUCUGUGUUUGCAUGCGUGCGCAGGGGAAUCUGAGUGUGACUGAGUGUGUGUGUGCAGGGGAAUUUGAGUGUGCCUGAGUGUGUGUGCAUAGGGAAAUCUGAGUGUGCCUCAGUGUGUGUGCGCAGAAGAGUCUGAGUGUUGUGUGUGGGGAAGCUCCAUUGUCUAUAUCAGUAUUAGGUACAGACCUCAUUUGUGGUUCCAGCACUCAGUUAUUGACUUACAGCACCGACUGUGGCAUUCAAAGUCAUCUAGAUGCACCGGGGGGACGCAAGGUCACUCUUAAAGCAGUUUGUGCCUAAUAUGUGUACUGACCAUAGUCGCUCAACGAUAUUAGGGACGAAGUGAGGAAUCGCAGGGUUCAAAGAGGGCACGCUCAGAGCUGGAGCUCCAGACCUAUAUAGGGCCCUAGGCCGUCCUGAGCCUGGGCCCUAGAUGGCUGCCUAACACGCUUUCACAAUAAGGGACCCUGAGGGCUAUUUGAGAUUUUUUUCUUACAUUUUUACGAUGUCCUUAUUUAUACUAUUUAGUGUAUAAACAUACAAUAUAGUGUACAGUUCUUUUUAAAGGAAUGCGUAAAGAUUUUUUCCAUUUUGUAUAUAAAUAUGUAACUCCUCAUUUAAAGUUUGAGAAUAUCUCUCAUUCCUAGGAUUUGAUCAAAGCUAAAUAAAUGUAUAUAUUUAGUGUAUAUUCUGUAUCACUCUGACCUAUUUAUAUUAAACAAGUUUACACCUUUGCAUUUUCCUGCUGUCUUGCACAUUCCUUUUAUCUGUUGAUUGUGUAAAACAGCUAUAAUGUCCCCAGAAGUGAGUUCAGCUAGAUCCCCAAACAUCAGAAACUCCCAUCAUGUUUAAAUGUGAUUGUUUGUAGUUUUUUCUGCCAUGAUUAUAUCUGCAGUUUCCAUUCUCCUCCUUAUUGACUUGAGAUGCACCUGGUUUUGAACAGGUCAUGGAACCUCAAAGGGCUAGUUAAAUGGGUAAAACCUAAGAAGUCGAGGUGGGGAGCGAUCCAUCAUGUUAAACUUCACCAGUCGCCACUGAUAAAGAGAGUGACUUUUCUUACCCAAGACUCUCUGUAACUCACAUUGGCUGUGUGUGAUGGACAGAUGAGAGGGUUAAAUAUGCAUCUAUCUUAUUGAAGGUGAUGGUGGUAGGAGUCACAGCGUGGAAAUGAACUAUCAGGGUCUGGUGCAGGGUAACCACAUGCACCCUGGUGUUGAGCACCAGGGUUUGUUCGGCCACAUACCAGGGCCAUGAUGCCACUUCUGUGGAUCCCAGGAGCUUGAUAUUAUGCAGAUAUGUAUCAAGUACUAGAAACAAUGUAAAACUAAAACAGGCAUCAAACAAGAUAACACAACAAGAUUAGAAGAACCCAGAACCAGAGCAGGACAGAAAGCAGAACCCAGAACAUGUACACAAUACACGAGGGAAACAAGAAUAGGACAUGGACAGGACAGGACUGUACAUGAACUGAGAAUACAAGACAAAAUAAAACAAGACAAGAGAUACAAGGCAAAACAAGAGGAGACAUAACUAAGUACUAUAUAUAUAAUAAACAUUGGAGAUUUAGACAUAGAUAAAUGGCCAAGAAGUAUGCAGCACACUACUGCGCCAAAGUACUCUAAUUACGGUGGGUCCUAGCUGCCUAGAUAUGCAUGACUAAAUAAACAACAGUAAAACACACACAGCACUUACCUGCAAAGAAAGGAGCAGAGGACAUGAAACCACAGCUUGCAGGUACAGGCUGAAACAAAACGGAUUAAUGGCAAAGGAACGGGUGCGGCAACAAAAAAACAAACAUUUAAAGGAAUCCAGGAGACUGGGAAUUCCAGGAAUGGAAUAAAGGAAUGAACCCAGAAACCCCAGCAUAAAGAAAACCAGACAUAGAAUAGAUAACCAGAAAAAUCAAGAAAAACUAAACAAGAAUUGUAAAAAGGGUACUUGAUAUCAGAAGCCAAGGCCAGAAAUGAUCCGCAACAGGAACAGGAUGUGACACCCUGGUGAUCCAGUGGUGAAGCCCUGGUGGUCAUAGUGGAGAGUGAACUCUAGCCUGCAGCUCCAUAAUAGCUGCAGCAAUGCUCACAAGAGGAGAACCUGGCUGAGCUGUAGGUUGGGCCCCAAGGUCCUCUAUCCCUCCCCUGUCGGCUGCCCAAUAAAGUGCCUGUUGGCCAGAGAUGGGGAUCUUUGAUCACCCCUCCAGUCAAGGAAGGCACACAGCAGGGCCGUCGCUUGGAUAGCACCUGCACUGAAUGGGCCUGCAGGGAGAUCAUCGGUGCUGCAUUAUAUUUUCUUGGGGGACGAGGGGGGAAAUAGGCACUAGGAUGCUAUGGAGUCCUCUUUUGUCACUGAACAACUCAGUUAUAAAUGGGUCUAAUAUAUUAUCUGGGACUGCAAUGUUUUACAAAGUUUUACAUUGCAGCACAAUGAGCUGAAGUGGUCUGGUUACCUACAGUGUCCCUUUAAAUUUGGGGGCAGUCUCACAUAACACAACAAACUCCCAACAAGAACUUUUAACUUUGCAUUAUCCUGAAAACAUAUUUGUACAGUUAGGCAGGAUACUUUACUGCCAAUUUAUAUUUAAAUGAAUGUCAACUGUGAACUUUAUUCCUAUAUACAUUAUAUUUUUCUUCAACGCUUAACCUUUGCACUGAUUAGUUAUUUUAAUUAAAUCAUAACUUAUUUCUAACAAGGAAUUUAUAGCUAACAUGAAAUUAGGGGAAUAGGAGGCAUCUGUAUACAUCGCUGCGCAGGACAACAUAAAUAUCAAACAUAAUAGUUAUAAAUUUACAGACUUUUAUAAUUAUUUGUUCAUGGUUUUCAAAAAUAUUAAAGAGUAGAAAGAAUCCCUCACUUGGCAUUCUUAUUAAAAUAUUACUGUAAACCAAUGUCAAUUCAGUUACAUAUGGUAAGUGCAGACCUUAAAUAUAUAUAUAUUUUAAAUAACUAUAGUGUGACUAUGAAUUGUGCUUAUAUACAAAAAAUACCGCAGCCUGAUGAAAACAAAGGAUUAGGAUUUGAAAAUGUAGCUUUACUCUUCCCUUCCUGGUUGAUAUUCAGCAUCACAGCACACCUUGAGUAGUGCUGGCCUCUGUACACUGACGGAGUAUGUAACAUCUAUUAGUCGAAGGUCUGGUGGAGAACGUGUUUCUCCUUUAGGACCACAUUUCAAUAGGAUUAAAUCAUGGCCACGAGUUACCUAUAUCAUACCCACGGUUUACUUAUCUUGCGAGAAUAAUUUUAAUAUCUUGUUGCCAUGAUCUGUUAAAUCAUGCCCAUGAAAUCGUACAGCUCGCACACAAUUUAAAAAAUAAUAUUCGGAAUGUCAACCUGGUGGACUCUGCACAAAAUGCACUCAUUAUGAAUUACCGUUGCAAUUGUUUAUAGGAUCAAAAAAUCUUUAAAAAAAGAUUCCAUGAAGAAUCAGAAUUACCAAGGAACAAUGAUAAAUUUACAAAUAACGAGAUGAUUUUAUAACAAAAGAGUAAUAAAUCUAAUUAAUCCCUUCCUUCAGCUUGCAGAGCAGUACGGUCCGGUAUAUACCAUUUACAUGGGGGUGGAGCGCGUUGUGGUGCUCUGUGGAUAUGAAGUGGUGAAAAAAGCACUGAAUGACAACGGAGACGUGUUCAGUGGCCGGGGGCACAUGCCACUGCUAGAGAAGAUAAGCUCUGGAGGUCAUGGUGAGAACAAACUUUAUCUUGAAGCGCAAGAACAGACUCUGUGUCCCAUAGCUCCCUUCUGUCUGUGUCUCCGAUUCCGUGUCCCAUAGCUCCUUCUGUCUGUGUCACCCUGCAGUGGGAGGGACAGACUCUGUGUCCCAUGGCUCCUUCUGUCUGCGUUACCCUUCAGUGGGAGGGACAGACUCCGUGUCCCAUAGUUCCUUCUGUCUGUGUCACCCUGCAGUGGAAGGGACAGACUCCGUGUCCCAUAGCUCUUUUUUGCCUGUGUCACCCUCCAGCAGGAGGGACAGACUCCGUGUCUCAUAGCUCCUUCUAUCUGUGUCACCCUGCAGUGGGAGGGACAGACUCCGUGUCCCAUAGCUCCUUCUGUCUGUGUCACCCUGCAGUGGGAGGGACAGACUCCUUGUCCCAUAGCUCCUUCUGUCUGUGUCACCCUCCAGCAGGAGGGACAGACUCCGUGUCUCAUAGCUCCUUCUGUCUGUGUCACCCUGCAGUGGGAGGGACAGACUCCGUGUCCCAUAGCUCUUUUUUGCCUGUGUCACCCUGCAGUGGGAGGGACAGACUCCGUGUCCCAUAGCUCCUUCUGUCUGUGUCACCCUGCAGUGGGAGGAACAGACUCUAUGUCCCAUAGCUCCUUCUGUCUGUGUCACCCUGCAGUGGGAGGGACAGACUCUGUGUCCCAAAGCUCCUUCUGUCUGUGUCACCCUGCAGUGGGAGGGACAGACUCCGUGUCCCAUAGCUCCUUCUGUCUGUGUCACCCUGCAGUGGGAGGGACAGACUCCGUGUCCCAUAGCUCCUUCUGUCUGUGUCACUUUGCAGUGGGAGGGACAGACACCGUGUCCCAUAGCUCCCUCUGUCUGUGUCACCCUGCAGUGGGAGGGACAGACUCUGUGUCCCAUAACUCCUUCUGUCUGUGUCACCCUGCAGUGAGAGGGACAGACUCUGUGUCCCAUAGCUUCUUCUGUCCGUGUCACCCUGCAGUGGGAGGGACAGACUCCGUGACAGACUGGAGAAGUUGUAUAAUCAGUUGAAUUUGGGGAAACCUAUUGAAGCAUUUGUUGUGUUGAGCUAUCACAAUUGCUUUUGUUUGAUUUUUUUAUUGCAAACAGCUGAAAGUCUGUAAAUUCAGACAAUAAACCUGAUUUUCAAUGACGGUUGAAUAAUUUUGAUUGAAAUGCAUUAGGUGUGGUCGGCAGUAACGGUGAGCGUUGGAAGCAGCUUCGGCGAUUCGCUCUGAUGACAUUGAGAAACUUUGGGAUGGGAAAGAGGAGCAUUGAGGAAAGGAUCCAGGAAGAAGCUUAUUUUCUCACAAAGGAAUUCCAUAAAACCAACAGUAAGUGAACUUUCCAACAUCAAGACUGCAGAAUGAAUAAAUGAUUCUCUGGUUUAUUAAUUAUACAUAACAAAAGGAAUUUCAUGGUUCCUUCAUAGCUACUAUUAUAAAGGUAUAUUCACACAAAAGAUAGACAAGACAUCUACCAAACAUCACUCCAACCAUAACAUUCUAUAUAUUGUACCCUUGUUCCUUAUUAAGUCUUCAUUUCAAUACAAAGUAACAAAACAAAUUUGAUGUGGCGCUGGGAGAAAUGGAUGACAGAGACACUCAAAAUCAGAAUUGUAGUAUACAAUCUAGUCCAGAAAGCCUCACUCACCUUAAUUUAUACUCUAGUUAUGAUUACCAGCCUGUAGAAGAACACAUUUUUCUGCCAGAAGACGCUAGUGACUGGUAUAAUGAAAGAAAAGGUGCUGAAAAUGUUAGUUCACCUCCUUCUUCAAACAUUACAGGAAGUUUCACUGGGUGAUAGCAUCCUUAGUCAGGGAGAGGGAGGAAUCUCAUUUCCAGAUCUUUCCUGACUGAUGAUUUAUUAGUUGUGCAUAAAAAAUAUGGUGAUAUUUUACCAUAAAUGCAUAGCUUUAUAUUGUACUUAAUUACACCAAAACUUUUACUGUACAAAUUCCUGUUUUAGUUAGAUCCAUAAAAAGAGUCAAAUGAUCCAGCUUUGAGUUAUUGUAUUUAUUAUAUUAUAUAAUGUAUACAAUCUCAGGGUUAUUUACUAAAUAGAGAAUUCAGAGUGGAUUCACAGUGAAUUUCAAAUUCAAGGUCAAGUGACCAAACUGGAAAAGUUAGAAAGAUGGAAAGUGUGGCCAAGGACAGGUUUCCACUUGUAUGAAAUGGUUUUAUGUUUUUGAGAUCUUGUUUAGUAAAUCAGUAUUAUUUUAUUAAUUUUUGUUUUUAUUUGUGAUCCCAUAGGUCAGCCAGUGGAUCCCACCUUCUUUUUCAGCAAAGCUGUAUCCAAUGUAAUCUCCUCUGUGGUUUUUGGAAAUCGUUUUGAAUAUGAAAGCAAGGAGUUUCUCACAUUGCUCAGUCUCUUUAAUGAAAUAUUUAGAGGUUUCAGUUCAGUUUGGGCACAGGUAAAUAACCCACGAUGGUGCUAAUGAACGUAUCCACCAAACUUAUAAUGUAUAUCAAGUAUCAAUGGAUGUACACUGUAUAAAUAAUAUAUUUUGGGGUUUAUUACAUAUAUAAGUAUUUUUGUGCCAAUCAAUAUAUUUACAUACAGGUGAUACUCGAAAAAUUAGAAUAUCGUGCAAAAGUUCAUUUAUUUCAGUAAUGCAACAAAAAAAGGGAAACUAAUAUAUGAGAUAGACGCAUUACAUGCAAAGCAAGAUAGUUCAGGCCGUGAUUUGUCAAAAGUGCGAUGAUUAUGGCUUACAGCACAUGAAAACCCCAAAUCCACAAUCUCAGUAAAUUAGAAUAUUACAUGCAAUCAAUAAAGCAAGGAGUGUACAUAGAACAAUAUCAGACCUCUGAAAAGUAUAAGCAUGCAUAUGGACUCAGUACUUGGUUUGGGCCCCUUUUGCUGCCUCAAUGCGGCGUGGCAUGGAAGCUAUCAGCCUGUGGCACUGUUGAGGUGUUGUGUUAUGUGAGUUUGCUGGCCAAUCAAGCACAGUAAUCCCAUGGUCAUUGAACCAGGCUUUGGUGCUUUUGGCAGUGUGGGCAGGUGCCAAGUCCUGCUGGAAAAUGAAGUCAGCAUCCCUAUAAAACUUAUCUGUGGAAGGAAGCAUGAAGUGCUCUAAAAUCUCCUGGUAGAUGUCUGCAUUGACCCUGGACAUAAUGAAGCACAGUGGACCAACACCAGCAGAUGACAUGGCUCCCCAAAUCAACACAGACUAUGGAAACUUCACACUGGAUUUCAAGCAUCUUGCAGUGUGUGCCUCUCCAUUCUUCCUCCAGACUCUGGGUCCUUGGUUUCCAAAUGAGAUGCAAAAGUUGCUCUCAUCAGAAAAGAGGACUUUGGACCACUAAGCAACAGAUCUGUUUUUCUUUAGCCGAGGUAAGACGCUUCUGACGUUGUUUGUUGUUGAGGAGCGGCUUGACAAGAGGAAUACGACAUCUGAAGCCCAUGCCCAGGAUCUGUCUGUGUGUGGUGGCUCUUGAUGCACUGACUCCAGCCUCAGUCCACUCCUUGUGAAAGUCCCCAACACAUUUGAAUGGCCUUUUCCUGACAAUCCUCUCCAGGCUGCAGUCAUCCCAGCUGCUUGUGCACCUUUUUCUUCCACAUUUUUCCCUUCCACAUAACUUUCUAUUAGUGUGCUUUGAUACAGCACUUUGGGAACAUCCAACUUCCCUCACAAUUACCUUUUGAGGCUUUCCCUCCUUAUGAACCUCAAUUAUGGUUUUCUGCACAACUGUCAGGUCAGCAGUCUUCCCCAUGAUUGUGAUUCCUACUGAACCAGACCGAGAGACCAUUUAAAGGAUCAGAAACACUUUGCAGGUGUUAUGGCUUACUUAGCUGAUUAGAGUGGGACACUGUGAGCCUAGAAUAUUGUACCUUUUCACAAUAUUCUAAUUUACUGAGAUUGUGGAUUUGGGGUUUUCAUGAGCUGUAAGCCAUAAUCAUCGCACUUAUGACAAAUCACGGCUUGAACUAUCUUGCUUUGCAUGUAAUGCGUCUAUCUCAUUUUAGUUUUCCCUUUUACGUUGCAUUACUGAAAUAAAUGAACUUUUGCACAAUAUUCUAAUUUUUCGAGUAUCCACCUACCAAAAGCAGAGGCAAAGUUGAAAAUAAUUCUUGUUAUUAGCAUAUUUGCAGCACUUUACAAUUAGAGAAAUUAUAUGUAGGUGUGAAGAAGGCCCUGCUCAAAUGAACUUACAAUUUAUGAUGAUGUGAGGUAGGUGGAUAUAUAACGCUAGGUCUCUUGCCUAAGAACACUUACUGGUGAAGUGGUCUGGCUAAGAUUGGAGCAUUGGUUUCCCAAAACCAGCAAAUAGAAGCUCAAGUUUAAUGAAAAUUUGUCCAGAAGACUCAUAAAACAUAUCUCUAAAAGGUAUCCCCUUAUGUUGAUGCUCUAACAGAUGUACAACGUGUAUCCAAGAAUUCUGGAGAAGUUACCAGGGCCCCACAAAACAUUCUUCAAAGCAGUAGAUAAGAUUCAGGAAUUUAUUGCUGAAAGAGUUCAAAUGCACCAAGAGACUCUGGAUGCAAAUUCUCCCAGAGACUUUAUUGACUGCUUCCUUGUAAAGAUGCAGCAGGUGAGUUCACACAUUUAAGAUAAUAUAUUUAUUUUGCAUAUAAAUAGCUGAUUAAAUUUUAAUUAUACAAAUGUACAGAUUUUUUUUUCUUGUGUCACUGCUGUGACAGACCCUCUGUCCCUGAAUUUUAAAGUGUAUAUGUUUUGUUUGCCUUCUCGUUCGAAUGGAAUACAGUCUGCCUUAUUUUACCAUUUGCCGUUCGAAUAUCGAAAGAACUACCGAACGACCGACCACCCAAAUCUGGAGCGUAGUGCUCAUUAACCUCAUUGACUCUCUUAACACCUCAAAAACCACAAACACCCUAACAUUCUAAGCAGUCGACUGGGUGGUCGGCGUUCUAUAAUCGGACACUCGACGGCACAAACACCGCUAAGACGUCCAUCAUCACGGAUGUUCGGCAAUAUAGUUAUGAAAUGGACUACGUUCUGUAAUAAUACCUCCAGAACCACUAAGACUAGGAGAACAGUUUAUUCAUUCAAAAAUGUUAGUUUAAUUAUUAUUAUUAUAUUUUUAGAGCGCUUUACAAUGGGUGGACAAACAGACAUGUAGUUGUAACCAGACAAGUUGGACACACAGGAACAGAGGGGUUGAGGGCCCUGCUCAAUGAGCUUACAUGCUAGAGGGAGUGGGGUAAAAUGACACAAAAAGGUAAGGAUAGUAUUAAACUAGUGACAGUUGCAGAAGAUAAUAUCCUGGAAGGAGACCGGCCGCACAGUCUAAUUCUAUAGAACUAUUCUGGGUAGGAGCUUUGUGUGCGGUCAGUCAGAAAGAAGACCUCCAUGCAAAUCCUUAACCCCUGAACCGAUCUGGGUGAUUUUUGAGUAUGGGAUAUUAUGUAUUUUGGGGGUAUUUUCAGAAAGUAUUAAAAUGGUGAUAUUUUUCAAUAAUUGAGUUAAAGACAGUAGUUGACUAAAUUAUCUCCUGGGCAGGGGGAGGGAUUGCAUGUCCUGUAUGGGAGUGUCAUACUGUACAACCCUGUUAUGACUGGCUGAUAACGCUGUACCAUUGUCCUCACCAAGGUCUAUAUGGGUGUAUCCCUUGGCUGGGGACUUGCAUAAAAAGCUGAACUGGCUACCAUUAAACCAGACCUUCUUCACCCUCAAUCUAGAGUCUUGUCUCUUAUUGGGGGAAACUGCUAAAAAGUUACCAUUACUAGCUCUUGUAAGAGCUUCUCUACUUGGAAGACUACCUGGAAUGCUGUAAUACCCCUCACACUCGGGAGAAAGAUGCUCUCUGGCGGUGGAAACCCCUCUACCCAUCGGGGUAACCGCAACUUAUUAAAAGGUCGCAUAUGUGCAAUGUAUAUUCAGAAACCUCUCUACUUACACCAUCUACAUCGUACAUUGAUAGGUGUAGGGGCUUAAACAUUAGUUUGUCAGAUGAGUACCAGAUCUAGAUCGGAGAUGAAGGUAAGAUUAGUUUAUUAUAAUCUGCUUCACUUGUUGUUGCUGAUAUAAUGCUCUGCUGAGUAUUGCGGACAGUUAUUGUGGACAAACUUUAGUCUGGCAGAGCCUUCUGCAGAGAAAUACAUUAAUUCCUGUAGCUGAGUUUAUCAUGUCUGUAUUUGUCAUUCUAGGAAAAGGCUGAUCCCAACUCUGAGUUUCACUUGACUGCUCUUAUUAACACCACCUUUGAUAUGUUUGGGGCUGGCACAGAAACCGUCAGUACUACCCUACGUUACGGUCUGAUGAUCCUUCUCAAGCACCCGGAUGUGGAAGGUAGGUAUGUUAUGGCAACAUGCAGUCAGUCAGCAUUAAAAGUUCUUCCAUAUUUAUCAUUUGAUCUGUAGAAGAUUCCCCAGUGGAUAAGGAAGUAAAAUGUGCUAACACAUGUUUUGUCUUAAUAAUACACUCUACUAUAUGUGUACUGCUGAAGUGUUUUUUUUUCUGUGUUUAUUUGGGGAUGGGAGAAUAUCUCAUGAUGGGCUAUUUCAUACUACCGCCUUAGACAUAACUGGAAAUAAGAGAAAUACUAACCUGUAAAUAAAACUCAAGUACUCCAUAUGACUUCAAGUCAAAAUUACACACGUUCACUCAGAGUUCCAAAUUUCCUUUAUAUUCUCCUUGUUCACAGAGCGCAUACACCAGGAGAUAGACCAAGUUAUUGGCAGAAACAGAGCCCCAUGUAUCGAAGACCGUUCUCGCAUGCCGUACACCGAUGCAGUCAUCCAUGAGAUUCAGAGAUUCAUUGACCUCUUACCUCUUGGAAUUCCACACAAAGUGAGCCGAGACAUUGAAAUCCAGGACUAUAUUAUUCCAAAGGUAAAGACCUGACCACCCAUUAUCAUAUCUGCCAAGUAUUGUUUCAAUCUAUUUCCCUUUCAAUGACUCAUACAUGGGUCUCAGUUUCCAUUUUGGCAAAAUUCUUUCAUGAAUGAUGCAUAGAUUUUAUUUUAGCUCUUUUUUUGUGCAACAUAUAUAUAUUUUUUAAUAAAUGACAAUUUCAAACAUCUUCCCCAAAGAAGUGUUUCUUUUCUUAUAUCAUAAAUAUCCUCUCCCGUUCCUUUUCCCGUUACAUCAUUGUUGUUGUUAUGGGCAAGGUAAUGUCUGAUUAUUACCAUAACAUGUUCACUCUCCAUUCCAUUCUCAGGAUACCACUGUCUAUCCAGUGCUUAGCUCAGUCCUGCAGGACCCUAAGCAGUUCAAAUAUCCCCAUGAAUUCAACCCGGGCCAUUUUCUGGAUAACGAGGGGAAAUUCUUAAAAAAUGAUGCCUUCAUGCCAUUUUCCUCUGGUAUGUGGUUUUCCCUAAAACUUUUUAAAGAUAACUAACUCAUAGAACUAGCAUACUAAGAGGGAUAGAGUUCCCUUGGAGAGGGAUGGGAGAUUGGUUCAUUUAGGACACAGCAUUACCUUCUCAGACUGUCACUCUUCAUAGCAUGACUGAGCAGAACUAUGGCAGAUGUAUCUCCGUCCAGCCUGUCAAUGGAUCUGCACGUAGCAAUGUGAUUGGUGGAGGUAAAAACAUGGCAUUCAGUCACACCCGGGCACUCAACGCACUGCUCACAGCUUCAGUGACACACCAGGUAAAGGACCUACAAAGCCUCAUCCUCCAUCUUAAUUCAGCUCGGCAAAACUGAAAUAUCGGUAAUUGAGUGUGGGUUAAGAGAUUCAUAAGAAGGUGAGAAGAGUUAGGAGAUACACAAUUCUAUAUACAAUAUAUACAAAGGAGAUUGUGAAAACAGGUUAAUUUGUCCUUGGUUGCCAAAUAACCUAGGUCUCCCUCAGAGAGGUAAAACAACCUAUUUGAAAAUUAAACAGUUUAUUGAAGGUAACACGUGACAAACAGAGGAAUUUGUGACUGUGAGGGACACACAAGGUAAAAAUAUAGAAAAUACUAACACAUGAAUUUAAAUAUAGCACUUGGCCACAUAGGUGCGACACUUGGCACAGAUGGCAGAAUACGCACAGUUAGAGUGUGUCUAAUAGUUAUUUUAUGUGCUGCCCAAAUCUGAGCUGUGAAAAUACAGAGAGAAGUUACAGGUUUGCUCACUUUGCCCCUGGAAUGUUCAUCUGAGCCAUUAAGUUAGGAAACAGAAUAUCAGGACAAUUUAACUAUAGACCACACCUGAUCUUAUCCUCCAUUUCUGAGCAUAUUUCAGAUCCAUAAAUACUAUUUUAGCCAUAGUGCUUCAAUCCACAAAUCCGUCUAACAACAAUACUGAGAAUCUUCAUUUCCACUUCUCCCUGCAACAUUAAGGUACUGACUGAAGCUUUGAAGAUACUCAACCUCAUGUAUUCUAUCCUCGGUCACAAUGUUACCACUUGCUUAUUACUGCAAGUUUGUAUUUUCAUUGAAUUUAUUCAACCAAUAUUUUAUGUGAUAUAAUUAUAAAUAAUUGGGGUGAUAGAAUCUGGUUGUUAAACUUUUUGUAUACAGCACAUGUGCUCUCCCCACCCCCUCUUUCUCCAUCCUUUGUCCCUCCUGUCUGUAAAUAUCUUCAAACAGCGGUGCCAUGUGCUCUUCCCUGUUUCUUAGGCUUCAAUCGAAAAACCCAGCUAACGGCAAUACCGAGAUUCUUCAUUGUCACCGAGCACUUACCCGCCCACCCAUCUCCUUCUAAAUAUAUAGCAUGCUCCUCCAACUGACUGAUAUUCUGGUCAAUUACCUACUCGUUCCCUUUAUACAUUAAAAGUAGCUGCAACUUUCCUUUGGUCAUCACUUCCAGAUUCCCUCUUCUACCGUUUGUCUCAAAUCCCCAUUAUAACCUUUGAAUUUUGAGCUCAAGGGCUAUCUAACUAGGCACUUUGUAUACAAGAGCUUCAAUAGCUGGAUCGCAGCUCAUGGGCAAGGCCCUCCUUACCUUUUGUAUUGGUUUAUAAAUAUUCUAUUAUCUUUUACCCCAAAUGCACAGCACUUCGGAAUAUGGUUCUUAGGAUCUUAUGAAUUAUCCUGUGGCAUUCAGACCAUCCUAAUCUCCAUUGAGAUGUGCUAAAACUUUGAUUUUCCCUUUAACCCUCUGUAGGAAAGCGGAUCUGUGUCGGGGAGGGCUUGGCACGGAUGGAACUCUUUCUGUUUUUAACCAACAUUUUACAGAAAUUCACCCUGAGGUCCUCAGUGGACAUAGAAGAGCUUGAUCUGACUCCAGAAGUUAGCGGAUUUGGAAAUUGUCCUCAUAACUAUCAGUUGUGCUUCAUUGCUCGCUAAUUGUAAAACAGAUUUAAUGGCUUUUCUAGUUGUCUCGAUUUUUAUAUUACAAAGAAUCAAUGUCUGCACUAGAUAUUUCUGCUGAGCAUUUCCAUUAUAAUAAUGGUAGUCGAUAGAUGGCAUUCCACUACUCAGAAAUGCUUUGGAUAAAACAAUGAAAUCGUAACUAAAAAUAUAUCUGUAUAUAUAUAGCUAUGUGCUUGUAUUUAUAAAAUAUGACUGAAAGUUAGAGAACACAAGUAAUGGGGAACAUGAUAUACAUUAAAAGCCUUAAAAUGUAUUAAUAAUUAUCACAUCUUUUCUUUCAUGUGAAUACUUUAUCAUUUAUUUUAUAAAAUGAUUAUUAUUGCUAUUAGUAUGAAAUAUGUUACAAUUUUACAGAUACAAACAUUUUUGUUCUACAAAAACCAUCUCAGUCAACUGCUAACCUUUGUCUAAAGGGUCCAUUAGAAGGACUUUAGAUAACAGUAGAUAUCUUUGUAUUUGUCCAAUGUUUUAUUUAUUGUUGUUUGAAGAGCAUCUUAAUCAUUUGUAAUUUUUAAUAAAAGUGAUAUUUGGCUACAAAGUCAUGACUUCAAGUCUGCAGAUAUUCACCAAGGAAACGUUAUAAUCUGUGUUUGAAAUAAUCACUCAGGAUGCAAUUAAUCAAAUUACAAGUGUAUUAAAUAAUCUUGCAGAGGAGCCACAGAAAUGGGUAACAAUUCCCCUUAAAAUAUGCAGGUUAUAAAGAAAAUUCCUCAAUUUCUUCUUAAUAGACAAAAUUAAAACAUCGACAAUCUGCAAUACGAAUACAAAUAGGGGCACAAUAGUAUAAUAAAUACUAACACCAAAUAAGGCUAAUCAAUAUAUUGCACUCACAAACUUAGAUGGUAUAUAGGCAAAACACAAUGUACGAAGGCAAAACCUCUUGGCUUUACUUUAUCCCGGUAAACAUAAAGGGGAAAUAAGGAGAGACAGAAACCAGUGCAAUACUAUAUAAAAAUCUAAUGACACUUUAUUCAAGUUACACUCACACAAUAAAUCAGGAAAACAAGCCCAUCAAAAUCCAACUACUCUUUGGUCCAGAGGAAUUCUCCAGAAGUAGGGACCACACAAUGAUGGGCAAAGAAUGAAUAGAUAAAAACAAUGAAAAACAAAAUGUCACCAGGUCCGUCUCUCCACCCUAAGUGUUUCAUCCGACUUGAAAAUGGAACUUUGCUUAAAGGAACCCUAUAGCAUUAGAAAUAAAAACCUGUAUUCCUAAUGCUAUAGUGCCCGAGAUUCUGGGGGAGACAUUAUAGGUUGCAUUUUUGUUGAAUUUGGAGAAACCACUUGAAGCAUUCGUUGUGUUGAGCUAUCGCAGUUGCUUUUGUUUGAUUUACUCAUUGCAAACAGCUGAACGUCUGUACAUUUUGACAAUGAAUCUGAUUUUCAAUGGGGGCUGAAUCAUAUUGAUUAGAACUGUAUACGGCAUACGUAUUUAGAGCAAAUGUUGUCUUCUCCAUUGAUGCUCCCAUUUUCUGCCUUUUUUGUUCUUCUGAUUUGCUUUCCCGAGCCAGAUAUUCUAUCAAUGCACAAGUGUGCAUAUUUCCAUGUAAAAAUACCGAAAUACCAAUUUAAUAAGAAGACCUAACAAGCCAGGCAAGUAAAACCUCCAGAAACCCUGAAAUUUAAAAAAUUCUGAUCACAAACAUUAUAUUAGGAAAAAAAAUUUACCAUAAAAGUCCUUUUAAAUUCUGUCAUACUAUCACAUAUAUGUUCCCACAUUCUGGGUUUUAACAACCUGGACGACUGACCAACAUACUGUACAACACAUGUAUCUAACUGCAAUUGUAGCAUAUUGUGAGCGAAAAUGUGGAAUAGUGGUUGAAGGAAGAUACCGUAUAUCAGGCCUGCUUUGCUAAACAGCAGCCAGAGAAUUUUUCAGCUAAAUGGCCCAGGGAGAGAUGUUAAAGGGACACUCCAGGCACCCAGACCACUUCUGCCCAUUAGAGUGGUCUGGGUGCCAACUCCCACUACCCUUAACCCUGCAACUGUAAAUACUGCAGUUUUCAUAAAGAGAGAACAAUUGUGUUUAUUGGAAAUCUAUUUUGUUUUCUUGGAAAUUGCUAAGUGGGAAAAAGCCACCCAAUUACAGAUAGUUAUUUCUGUCUAGUAAGAGCGAAGAAUUUUGGUUUGUUUAUUUUUAUUUAAAGCACCUGUUUUCUCAUCAAAUAAAAAGGAAAACGGAACUGGAUGUUUCCUGGACUUUGUAUACCCUAGAGAAGGCUGUGGUUACCGUAAGAUCUGUGACGAAACCUUUCCUAUAUUAGAGGUAAUUUGUUACAAUAUGAACCCAUUGACAUAGCUGGACUGUCCCCCUCCUCAUCAGUAGUAUAAUAAAAUGGAAAAAGUCAUAUGAGAUCCUUUAAUCUUUAUUAGUGAUCUGUGAAAUAUAGGAGCUUAGUAAAUCUGAAUUUAAAACUCAGAUGCUACAACAUAAGUGUAGGUUUUCCGUAUCCACUAAACAAACGUCAUGCAGGAUACCAUAAAAAUACUAAGUGAUAAGAACCACAACCUGCAUAUAUGCGUGGCGCUCAAAUAAAAUAAGGCAAAUGACAACUCACUCCUUAAAUGUACAUUAUAUGACCUUAAAAAAGAGAGAAAUGUAUAGUGCAAUGUUGUAGUAAUGCAGUGAAGAAUAUAUUGUGAUGCAAUCAGCUCACUAACAAGAAAUAUUCAGCUCCUUGUUUCCUAAGUAAUUAAACAGUUUAAGGAUGUUUCUUUAUGGAAUACAGUAUGUGUUUGACUGUAAUGUUGGCAUGUGAAUGCAGGGGUGUGUGGUGUUGUGUAGUGUUGGCAUGUGAAUGCAGGACUGUUUUGUGUACAGUGUUGGCGUGUGAAUGCAGGGGUGUGAAGUGUUGGCGUGUGAAUGCAGGACUGUUUUGUGUACAGUGUUGGCGUUUGAAUGCAGGGGUGUGUUUGUGUGUAAUAUUGGUGAUUGCAUGCAAAUGUCACAAAGACACAUGCACUGCCAUACACACAUACAGUGUUAGGAAUAUAGGGGCACAUUGCCACAUAUGGAAACAUACAUACACUGCUACACACAAAUGCAGAUUAGGAAGCCACCUGCGGUGCACCUGCCUGGGGGAGCAUGGUCUCUGGGUAACUGGCAGCAGGGUGGGCUACAGUACAGUGCUCCCCUCCUGCUGGUCACUGCGUGUAGCACUUGUCUUGGAAAGGUUUCAGAAGACCUGGCACCAUAGGCGUGCGCACGGGGUGUGCCGGGUGUGCCUGGGCACACCCUAAUCCCCGUGGCACGCCUAUGGUUUGAGUCCUGCAGGAACAGCGUUCCUGCACUUUUUUUGAGCAGGAACGCUGUUCCUGCAGGCACUCAGUGCCCCCUGUUUCACCUCUUGCCCCUGUCAUGGGAGGGCAAGAGGUGAUGGAUUCCCACGCCCCACUCAGCGCGCGGCGUGGGAGCUCUCUGCUGUCGGCUCUCUGCUCCCUCUCGCCGCGCGCUGAUGCCGGGAGCCGGAAUAUGACGUCAUAUUCCGGCUCCCAGCUGCAGCAGACAGCCCGCGCGGCGAGAGAGCAGACAGCAGAGAGCAGAGAGCAGAGAGCUCCCUCGCCGCGGCUGAACUGGAGAAAGGCGCCCGCCCCCACUGGACCCCAGGGAAAAGUCCACCAGCACUCCAGGUAGGAGGCUGGGUGGACAUUGUUUUUUAAAAUUAAAAUAUAAUAAUUUGUGUGUGUGUGUGAGUAUGUGUGUGUGUGUGUGUGUGAGUAUGUGUGUGUCUGUGAGUAUGUGUGUGUGUCAGUGUGUGUGUGUCUAUGAGUAUGUGUGUGUGUCUGUGAGUAUGUGUGUGUGUGUGUCUGUGAGUAUGUGUGUGUUUCUGUGAGUAGUGUGUGUGUGUGUUUCUGUGAGUGUGUGUCUGUGAGUAUGUAUGUGUGUGUGUCAGUGUGUGUGUGAGUGUGUGUCUGUGAGUAUGUAUGUGUGUGUGAGUGUGUGUCUGUGAGUGUAUGUGUGUGUCUGUGAGUAUGUAUGUGUGUGUGUGUCUGUCAGUGUGUGUGUGUGUACGUAUAUAUAUAUAUAUAUACACACACACACACGCAGAGCCGGCGCUAUCUGAGUGCCGGCUCUGCUCUAAGCCUUCAUGGGCCGGCGGGGAGACCAAAGAUCUACCUCACCGGCCCACAGCAGCAUGGAGGGAGGCAGUAGAGGACCCAGGGAGCUCUAGACAGAAGCUCCGCCAGGUUCCUCUCGCGAUAUCUGAGCGUUGCUGCGGCAACGCUCAGAUCUCGCGAGAGUUAACUCUAGCCCCGCAGGCUAGAGUUCACUCUCCACUGGACCACCAGGGAUGGCACAUGGCAGCAAGGAUUUACUAAUCUGCCAAAUCCCUCCAAACAUACAGCACACACACAUACAGCACCUACACACAUACAGCUCACACACACACAGUACACUAACCGCACCCUCACAAACACACACAGCACCUUUAAAAAAAACACAACACCCUCACACACAGCACACUAACAGCACCCUCACAAACAGCACCCCCACAGGACAAACAUACACACACAAACACCCUCACACACAAACAGCACAGUCACAAACACGCACCCUCACACACACAUCACACUAACAGCACACAGCACACUAACAGCACACACAGCAGUGUGUGUGUUUAUAUAUAUAUAUAUAUAUAUAUAUAUAUAUAUAUAUAUAUAUAGAUACAUACACACACACGCGCGUGGCGUGUGUUUGUGCUUUAGGGUGCACACCCUAAUGCAAUAGGCUGCGCACGCCUAUGCCUGGCACACACACUUUUUUUAGGGAGUACUCUCCUUAGAGUGCUCCAAAACAGGGCAGGCUCCAACCCAGACAAAUCCAGUGAAACAAGAAAGUAGGUUUGGCCACACCGUGUACUUUCUUCACCAGGUAGACUUUAUUGUGGAGUACAAACAUUUUGACAUUUUGGCUCCCCUGAGCCUUUUGUCAAAUCUAAUACAUUCAAUAAAGGAUUAGGUAUAUAUAUAUAUAUCCCAUAUAAUUAAACAAGUCACAACUUUAUCAAUCAACAAUCCUGCAAAAUUACUAAUUAAAUCAGUAACACAAGAAUAACAAAUGGCUUGCAUGUGUCUCUCCUUAAUACAACAAGAUUCAGUAGCGCAUCCUGAGUAAGUAAAUGCUUCUGAUUGAGAUCAUUGGUGGUCACUGGAACACAGUUAAAACAGUUCUUAGAGAGGCUGGUACGUUUCAGAGGCACCGCCCAUAAAGCGAACUGCAAGGGGGAUCCAUAAGGUAACGCCGCCCCCCUUAGUGUUAGCAUAUUGAAGGGGGUUGAGCCAAAUAGAGACCAUCCCUAAUAGGGAGGAACCAGGGUGUAUCCACCAAGCUGAGGGGAAGAUUGUCUCUUCCCCUCAGCUUCAGUAUCCUCCAAGCUGAGUGGGAGUGGCACACAGAGGACUGAGGGGGGAGUGGUAUACAGAGCGCUGGGGGUAAGAAGCACACAGAGGACUAAAGGGGGAAUGGCACACUGAGGGCUGGGGGGAAGAGGCACAGUGGGCUGAAGGGGGAGUGGUACACAGAGGGCUGAAGGGUGAGUGGCACACAGAGGACUGAAAUAGGAGUGGCACACAGAGGGCUGGGGGGAAGAGGCACAGUGGGCUGAAGGGGGAGUGGUACACAGAGGGCUGAAGGGGCAUGGCACAGAGGGCUGGGGAUUAAAAGAGGCUCACCAAGGAAUAAGGGAAGGGGGGGGGGCACACUGAGAUUACUGCACCUAAGUUCCAUAACUGAAAACGACCCCAGUGGGUUGUUACAAAACCAAAGUAUUGGUAGAGUGUGAAUUCUAAACCCCAUGUAAAAAAUAUAAAAAAUAUAAUAAUACUUAAUAAAAAUCUCCUGCCCUUAAUUCUCUGUGCCGUGCUGUCUCGUCUUACAUAUAUAUCCCAUACAUCAGCUGCUUAGAGCAGUGGUAACAUCACUAAUAACUUGGAAAUCCUGGUUUGAAUCCCAGUCUGAGUAAUUCACCAGUAAGUGUGCUUGGUAAUGACACCAAAUGAUAUAUAUCUGACUACUUCAAAUCCUCGUAGAUUGUAAGCCUUAAAGGAGGCCUUCUUCAAUAUUUCCUUUCUAGAACUGUAAUGCCCUGUAGAAUUUGUUGGCAGUUUCUAAAUUCUAUAUAUAAAACUCCAGAGUGGCUAUGCAAAAUGAAUUAUUAGUGCAUUAAAAUAUUCCUGCUGACAAUUAUAGUAACCUUAUUAGUUCAUCCGCGGGUUCUAUGGACUCUAUGGAUAGAAAAGAACAUGUAUCAUUUGCUUAUGUCAUUCAAGAGGGAUGUGCAUGGCCAAAAAAUGUAUUUGCUUUGGCAAAUCGGACCAAUGGCAUUCGGUUCGGCACUUCAGCACUGCCGAAUGGCAUUCAGUUCGGACAUUCGAAAUUCAGGCACGCAGCAUUCGGGCAUUCAUUUCGGGCAUUCAGCAGUUUGGAAAAAUAAACAUUUGUUGUUUUUUUCUUAAACAGCAAUGUUUUACAUUGCAUAGUGGACUACAUCAGCACCCAGACAAUUUAAUCUUAAAGAAGUGGUCUGGGUUUAGUUAAUAAUUAGUAGUUUUGGUUUAGUAUAUAUACAAUUUACAAAAUUAUAUUUUCACUGCACAGAUAGUGCAGUCAAUCAGGGAGCACUACCAGCAUCAGGGCCGGUGCAAAGAAUUUUGGGUACAUAGGCGAAGAUGCAUUUUUCCGCCCCCCCCCCCAAAACAUAUUCGCCCAUGUGCCUCUUAACCUCCCUUUUGUGUUUCUUAUCCCGUCUUUUAAAUAUCUGACUCCCUUUAGUGUAUUUUAUCUCCUAUUUUUGCCUUUGUGUGUCUCCUAUCUCUCCUCUUUGUAUGACUCUUACAUCCUCCCACAUUUUGUGUCUUACUCCUCCCAGCCCCUUUGUGUGACUCCUUUUCUCCCAGCCCCUUUGUGUGUCUCUUUCCUUCUCAAACCCCGCUGUGUGUUCUUUUACAUCCAGCCCCUCUCCCUGUCCCUUAAUGGUCCCCUCCCUUCUCUGACCAUUACUGUUCCUCUCCCCUCUCUCCUCCUUUCCCUGUUUCUCAGUGUUCCUUUCCCUUCCCCCCUCCUUUCCCUGUCCCUUAGUGUUCCUCUCCCCUCCCCCCUCUGUUCCCUGUCGCUUAGUGUUCCUCUCCCCCCCUCCAUCCUUUUCCUGUACCUUAGGGUAUCUCUCCCCUCCUCUCCCUUUCCCUUGGUGCGCCACCCACCCCCAUAGUGGUCCCCUCCCCUUCCUGGUGUGCCUCCUACCUUUCUUGUAGCGUGGUUUAGCGGGGCGAAUCCCGGUACAGUGAGCUUUUCCUGACAGUCCUGCUAGGUACAGGAAACAGAAGUUCCUGUACCACGGUACACUCCGCUUGGCCACGCUACAGUCAGGGGUGUAGAAACACUGACAGUCACACGCACUCAAUGACAAACACACAGACAUAUCUGACAGCCAGACUCACUUAUCUGACACACUCAUUCAUUGACAGACACUCACAUGCACACAGACACACAAACACUGACAGACUCAUUGACAAACACACAUUGACACACACACACACAAACUCACUGACAGACACACGUACUCACAUGCACUCACUCACACAUAUACACUGACAGAACCACACACACACACAUAUUCACAUGCACACACACACACACUGACAGACACACUCACACACACACACUCACACACACACACUCACACACACACUGACAGACACACUCACACACACACUGACAGACACACAUACACACACACUGACAGACACACAUACACACACACACUAGCAGACACACUCACACACACACUGACAGACACACAUACUCACAUACACACUCACUCACACACUGACAGACACACAUACACACACAUUGACAGACACACACACUCACAGUAAUUAAUAAUCUAAAUUAAAUUUAAAUUUCCCACCCAGCCUCCCUACCUGGAGAGCUGGCGUGGGUCUCUCAUUGGUGGUCCAGUGGGGCUGCUGGGCUGAAUUGGAUUCCGUGGUGGCGAGGGAGCUCUGAUCUCUCUGAUGUGCUCCCUCGCAGGCUGUUUACUGAUGCCGCGGGAGCCGGAAUAUGACGUCAUCAGUAAACAGCCUGCGAGGGAGCAGAUCAGAGAGAUCAGAGCUCCCUCGCCACCUCGGCAUCCAAUUCAGCCGCACUCCGCACCAGGGAUCCAGGAGGUGACCUGGCAGGAGAGAGCACUUCCCUCCUGCUGGUCACUGGAAUUUUGCUCCCUCUGAGCCGGUGCGCCCUAAGGCGGCCGCCUGUGCCGCCUUAUGGACGCGCCGGCCCUGACCAGCAUGCAACACUUCUGCACACUAUAUAAUCCCACCCCUGUGACACCAUCUUUGUUGAGAGUUUUGGGGCAGGGCGUAAGCAGAGAGUGAGCAGAGAGUGAGCUGAGAGUGAGCAGAGUGUGAGAGCAGAGAGAAAGCAAUUUGUGUGUGAACAAGCAAGUGAGCGUGUGUGAGAGAGGGGAGAAUGUGAUGGCUGGUACACAAAAUUAAUCACUGCAGUAAAGUUACAGUGCAGGGAGACACCCUGGCAAUCAGACUACCUGGCUUGCCCAGCCACACACUCUCUUUUACCCCCUCUUCAAAAAAAGAAACAAAUGCAGAAGCAAAAAAGGCAAAACUCUCUCUCUCUCUCUCUCUCCCUGGAACACACACUUAAAGGAUCACUAAAGGGUCAGGAACACAAACAUAUAUUCCUGACCCUGGGUCAUGGCUGCCUAAAAUGUAUCCAAACAUUCAGUAUCUCCUCCCUCUGCAUGCAGACACUGAACUUUCCUCAUAGAGAUUCAUUGAUUCAAAAGACAUGCUGGGGCGCUGGGCGGCAUUGGCGGGCGGCUGACGAGGGAGCUCUUCCUGUGAGCUGUCUGCUCAGCUCCCUCGCGCGCCGCAGAGUGAGGCUGGGAGCCGGAAGAUGACGUCAUAUCCCAGCUCCCAGCCUCACUCUGCGGCGCGCGAGGGAGCUGAGCAGACAGCUCACAGGAAGAGCUCUCGUCAGCCGCCCGCACAGCAGCAGCCACCCGCCCAGCAGCCACUGGACCACCAGGGAGAUAGGAGAUCCCUUUCUCCCCAGCACUCCCAAAGGUAAGGAGGCUGAGGAGGGGGGUUAAAAAGUACAUGUGUUAAUGUGAGUGUGUGUGUGUCUAUUAGUGACUGUGUGUGUGUCUGUUAGUGUGUGUGUCUAUUAGUGUGUAUGUGUCUGUUAGUGAGUGUGAGUGUGUGUGUCUAUUAGUGACUGUGUGUGUCUGUGUGUGUGUCUGUUAGUGUGUGAGUGUGUGUCUGUUAGUGUGUGUGUGUGUCUGUUAGGGAGUGUGAGUGUGUGUGUGUCUAUUAGUGUGUGUGUGUCUGUUAGUGAGUGUGUGUUAGAGUGUGAGUGUUAGUGAUGUGUGUGUGUCUGUUAGUGUGUGUGUGUGUCUGUUAGUGAGUGUGUGUCUUAGUGUGUGUGUGUCUGUCUGUUAGUGUGUGUGUGUGUCUGUGAGUGUGUCUGCUAGUGAGUGUGUUUGACUGUGUGUAUCAGUGAGUUUGUGUUUCUUUUAGCUAGUGUACGCGUAUCUGUCAGUGAGUGUGUGUGUAUUUAGAAGGCGGGGGAAGGGAUGGGUGGGGGUCGCGCCCGGGGGGGGCGCCUGAGUUUUGUCCUGCCUAGGGCAGCACAAAACCAGGAUACACCACUGGUGGCAGGGCUGUUCUGGGUGUGACUGGGGGUGUGACCAGGGGCAGGACUGUUUUGGCUGUGACUCGGGGGGGCAGGGGCGGGGCUGUUCUGUGUGUGAGUGGGGGUGUGACCAGGGGUGGGGCUGUUCUGGGUGUUAGUGGGGGUGUGACCAUGAUGCCCCCACCACCAUACUUCACAGUUGGGAUGAGGUUUUGAUGUUGGUGUGCUGUGCCUCUUUUUCGCCACACAUAGUGUUGUGUGUUUCUUCCAAACAACUCAACUUUGGUUUCAUUUGUCCACAGAAUAUUUUGCCAGUACUGCUGUGGAACAUCCAGGUGCUCUUGUGCAAACUGUAAACGUGCAGCAGUGUGUUGUUUGGCAGCAGUGGCUUCCUCUGUGGUAUCCUCCCAUGAAAUCCAUUCUUGUUUAGUGUUUUACGUAUUGUAGAUUCGCUAACAGGGAUGUAAGCAUUUGCCAGUGACUUUUGUAAGUCUUUAGCUGACACUCUAUGAUUCUUCUUCACCUCAUUGAGCAGUCUGCGCUGUGCUCUUGCAGUCAUCUUUACAGGGCGGCCACUCCUAGGGAGAGUAGCAGCAGUGCUGAACUUUCUCCAUUUAUAGACAAUUUGUCUUACAGUGGACUGAUGAACAGCAAGGCUUUUGGAGAUACUUUUAUAACCCUUUCAGCUUUAUGCAAGUCAACAAUUCUUAAUCGUAGGUCUUCUGAGAGCUCUUUUGUGUGAGGCAUCAUUCACAUCAGGCAAUGCUUCUUGUGAAAAGCAAACCCAGAACUGGUAUGUGUUUUUUAUAGGGCAGGGCAGCUGUAACCAACACCUCCAAUCUCAUCUCAUUGAUUGUACUCCAGUUGGCUGACAUCUCACUCCAAUUAGCUCUUGGAGAUGUCAUUAGUCUAGGGGUUCACAUACUUUUUCCACCUGCACUGUGAAUGUUUACAUGGUGUGUUCAAUAAAAACAUGGCAACAUUUCAUUCUCUGUGUGUUAUUAGUUUAAGCAGACUGUGAUUGUCUAUUGUUGUGACUUAGAUGAUGAUCAGAUUACAUUUUAUGACCAAUUUGUGCAGAAAUCCAUAUCAUUCCAAAGGGUUCACAUACUUUUUCUUGCAACUGUAACAGCAGUAAAUCCAAGAACAAUGAUAUCUCAAAGUAAAGCUGAAUAAUGCAAAUCUGAGGAAUUACAGCCCUGAUACUGACACAGUGUGCGAUUGUCCUGUCAUUACAUUUUUACUUUUCAUCUUUUAAAGGUUUACUACAUUUAAUGAAAUGUAAUUAUAUAUAUUUUAAAUUAUGUUUAUUGUUUUGGGCUUUUUUUUUUUUGUCAAAACAAUGUAAUCUCGCUGAGUGGCCAUGUUGGGUAAUAUACCGUUAUCUAACCAACUGCCGCUCAACCUAACUUGCUGCUGUGAUUGCUCUGCGUGAACCUGUAGGAGCAGACGUGUUAGGUUGAGCAGCACUUGGUCAGAUAAUAGUAGAGUCUGACCCAACAUGGCCGCUCAGCGAAAUAAAAAGCGUACUUUGGACUAAAAACGGUUACAGUUAUUUAUACUGGGUGGGUUUAUUUUAUUAAAGGGACACUCCCAGCUCCAACAGACGUUAGAUGCACUGUGUAGGUUUGGUUACAGUUAGUUAUACUGGGUGGGUUUAUAUUAUUAGAGGGACACUCCAGGCUCUCACACACGUUAGAUGCACUGUGUAGGUUAGGUUACAGUUAGUUAUACUGGGUGGGUUUAUAUUAUUAAAGGGACACUCCAGGCUCCCACACACGUUAGAUGCACUGUGUAGGUUAGGUUACAGUUAGUUAUACUGGGUAGGUUUAUAUUAUUAAAGGGAUACACCAGGCCCUCCUAAACAUUAAGUGCACUGUGUGGGUUAGGUUACAGUUAGUUAUACUGGGUGGGUUUAUAUUAUUAGAGGGACACUCCAGGCUCCCACACACGUUAGAUGCACUGUGUAGGUUAGGUUACAGUUAGUUAUACUGGGUGGGUUUAUAUUAUUAAAGGGACACUCCAGGCUCCCACACACGUUAGGUACACGGUGUAGGUUAGGUUACAGUUAGUUAUACUGGGUAGGUUUAUAUUAUUAAAGGGAUACACCAGGCCCUCCUAAACAUUAAGUGCACUGUGUGGGUUAGGUUACAGUUAGUUAUACUGGGUGGGUUUAUAUUAUUAAAGGGACACUCCAGGCUCCCACAGACAGCAGAUGUGCUGUGUAGGUUAUCUUAUGGUUAGAUAUACUGGGUGGGUUUAUAUUAUUAAAGGGACACUCCAGGCUCCCACACACAUUAGAUGCACUGUGUAGGUUACAUACAUAGUUGCACAGUUACAUAGCUGAAAAGAGACUUGUGUCCAUCAAGUUUAGCCUUCCUCACAUUUGUUUUUUGCUGUUGAUCCAAAAGAAUGCCAAAAAACCCAGUUUGAAGCACAAUUUUGCAACAAGCUAGGAAAAAAAUUCCUUCUUGACCCCAGAAUGGCAGUCAGAUUUAUCCUUGGAUCAAGCAGUUAUUACCCUACAUUGAAAGAUUAUAUCCUUGAAUAUUCUGUUUUGCAAGUAUGCAUCUAGUAGCUGUUUGAACAUCUGUAUGGACUCUGAUAAAACCACUUCUUCAGGCAGAGAAUUCCACAUCCUGAUUGUUCUUACAGUAAAAUAACCUUUCCUUUGCGUAGGACGAAAUCUUCUUUCUUCCAGUCUAAACGCAUGGCCUCGUGUCCUAUGUAAAGUCCGGUUUGUGAAUUGAUUUCCACACAAUGGUUUGUAUUGGCCCCCGAAUAUAUUUGUAUAAUGUUAUCAUAUCCCCUCUCAGGCGACGUUUUGUUAUAGUAUUAAAGGGACACUUAAGGUUCCCAUAUUCAUAAGGUGCACUGUGCUGAUUGUUUAUGGAUAGUUAUACAGGGUGGGCUUAUACUAUUAAAGGGAAACACAUGUGUGGUUACAAUUAUUAACACCUCUAUGAAUUCAUAUAAGAAAAAUAUACAUGAGUAAUUUUGCCAUUGAUACUUUAAAUUUUUUAGUACACCUGGGUGACUAGAAACGCUCUCGAACAGAGGGAGCCGGCCUGCAUUUUGGCUUUGUACUGAUUUGUUUGGGUGGGAUCAGUCUGAUAUGCAAAUGGUUUAGGGUCCCUAAAAGCCAGCUUGAGAUCUUAGUGUGGACUCACAGAUGGGCAGGCUACUUGAGCUGUUGUCAAUUCUCAGUAUUCUCUUGCACCCUGCAUUUUUUUGCUCAACAAAAUUUCAAUUGAUUUAAUUAAUAGUAGAUAAAGAAAAAAAAAUUUAAAUAAAUUUAAAUAGCCCUAAUUGAGAAAAUAUAAGAAAUAUAUUGUUUGAGUUCUGAUUAAAAAAAAUACUUUAUUACAAAUAUUACAAAGAAGAAUGAUUUGGUGUUGUGUACCUACUUGGCAAGAAGAAGAGUUUACCUUUCAGUCACCAGAGAAUUAAAUAUCAGAUAAGCUGUCAGGCAAGUUUCCAAACUCAUUCUUUUUUUGGAUCACCUGUAUAAAUACCAGCAUUAAACACAUAUAUAAUAUUAGUCAGGCAGAGUAUCCCCACAAUGGAGCUCUUCUGAGUUACAGCCCUGCUACUAACAGUUUGUGUGAUUUUCAUGCUCUUUAAUGUAGCUCAAGGCAAGAAACAGAACAAGUCGAGGUUGCCCCCUGGUCCCACUCCAUUGCCUUUUCUGGAAAAUAUUCUACAGCUCAAUAGAAGAGAGGCCUACAAGAAUUCUAUUAAGGUGAGUAGUACUUCAAACAAUAACAUUUAGAUAAAAUAUAUUAAAAACAGAUGCUAUGUUUCAAAUGUGAAAUAGUUAAGGAUGAUUUCAGUGAAUUGUUUUUAUAAGAAAUACUGAACUUACUCAUAUUGAACAUAAAAGUACAGAAACCUAUCUGAGGGACAAAUACUGCUCAGAGACUGUCACUGCGUGUUUCUUAGUGGGAGACUCCUAAAUAACAAAAAAAAUAAUCCUAUAUCAUUGAUAUCAUGAAAAUAAUCAUUGAAAAAUAGGACUCGAGAAACAAUGUUUUCAAAAGCAAAUAUAUAUAUAUAUAUAUACAUACAUACAUAUAUACACAGUAUAAAUUAUAUAAGUUUUUGUAAAUAUGGAAGUAUUAAAACUCUGAAGCUUGAAUGGAGAAUAGCUUUCACUUUUUCCAAAUUAAAAAUAAAUUAAUUGUAAUGUAUAGAGUCAAAUAAGAGAACAAAUACCUUUUUUUCUCUAGUGACAGAGAAGACUAAGUAAUUAAUUUUACUCUCUAAAUUUUACAAGGUCCCAUUGUAAGUAAGGGGUGAAAUCGGGUUUAGAACUGUCAAUUUUAGAAAUUACGAUCAAAGUAGUUGCCACAAAGACUGAUACAAACGCUUUGAACUGACAGCAAAUUUAAGUUAUAGUAGUCAUUUUAGAUAAUUCAAUUCACGUCAAAAUCGUCAUCAGGAAAAGUUAACUCUUUCCUGGAUAGGAAGGUUUAGUAAGGCGAGAUUGCCCUCUAUGGAUCAAAUACCUAAAUUGCAAUCUGCAGGUUGAACACACCUUCAGUUUCCUAUUGGCCUUAUCAACUAAUGACGUACAGAGAGUCUUGCCCUUUAAAAGUUAGGACAAAGGGAAGAGAGGGGGAGUUGGUGGAGUUUGGCAUUCAGAUUCGGACAUGCAGAGAGAUCCAGGACACUCUCUGGGACUAACACUCAACUCUCAAACUCUCUUGGACACAACUCAAGAAAUACUUAGAAUUUUACUGAUACUUUCUAACCAACAUCACUUUUCUCUAUUACUCACACACCUCCAUACAACCAAUCAUACUCGCAUUUUCCUAGGACUACCUACUCAUCUGAUGAGAAUACCUACAUAACUGGUAAUUAUGCUGGUUUUAUUUAAUUAAUUUAAAUUAAUUAAAAAUUUACUAAUAACAUGAUAUAUGACUGGAUAAAUCACAGUCAGAUUUCAAUAUUUAGAAAAAGUAAAUGGAAAAACCCCAGAAUACGUAUAAGUGAAUAUAUAAAUUAAACAACAACCUGAUGUAGGAUAUGGUCCAUAUAAUAGAUUCUGUGUGAAAAUCAGAAUACUGACAUAGCGUAAUACAGUAAAAAAGGAAAAAAUAUAUAAAUAUAGGUGAAUAUAGAUACACUCACAAACGAACGUGAAAAUAAGGCUUUCCACCCUCUCUGGGGUAAUAUGAAGUAUGAUGAACGAACUGGAGAAUCACCUCAUCAGAUAUAUGUAAAUAAAGGAAAUCAGAGAUAGUGAAGUUUGUUAUAAAAAUACAAAAUCACAUUUAUUGGUCACACUUACAUAUGUGAAAAUCAUAAAAAGCGUAUCUCCUUAUAACCUGGAACUCCAUCAAGUGUGAUCAGCGGUCCAGAAUAGGAUCCAACAGGAGUAGUUAUAGGAAAACAGCCCAAAAAUACAAAUAAAAAAAUAAUAAACAGUAAUUUAAAAUAAUAUAUAGUAUAAGUCCAUAUAUAGAGAGAAUCCAACGCGUUUCGUCCUGUAGGGGUGUAGGACUUCUUCAGGGACUUCUGAUCCCUGAAGAAGUCCUACACCCCUACAGGACGAAACGCGUUGGAUUCUCUCUAUAUAUGGACUUAUACUAUAUAUUAUUUUAAAUUACUGUUUAUUAUUUUUUUUUUGUAUUUUUGGGCUGUUUUCCUAUAACUACUCCUGUUGGAUCCUAUUCUGGACCGCUGAUCACACUGGAUGGAGUUCCAGGUUAUAAGGAGAACGCUUUUUAUGAUUUUCACAUAUGUAAGUGUGACCAAUAAAUGUGAUUUUGUAUUUUUAUAACAAACUUCACUAUCUCUGAUUUCCUUUAUUUACAUAUAUCUGAUGAGGUGAUUCUCCAGUUCGUUCAUCAUACUUCAUAUUACCCCAGAGAGGGCGGAAAGCCUUAUUUUCACGUUCGUUUGUGAGUGUAUCUAUAUUCACCUAUAUUUAUAUAUUUUUUCCUUUUUUACUGUAUUACGCUAUGUCAGUAUUCUGAUUUUCACACAGAAUCUAUUAUAUGGACCAUAUCCUACAUCAGGUUGUUGUUUAAUUUAUAUAUUCACUUAUACGUAUUCUGGGGUUUUUCCAUUUACUUUUCCUAUAUUGUCUUUUGGGUGUCUGUGAGGUACACCUGGGAACUCUUCCAGUUAUACGUUUGUAUUCCACAUUUGUAGUGCAUAUACUAUUUUUUUUGCUUAUAUUCAUUCAAUAUUUAGAAAUCUUAGUUAACUAAAGAAUAUAUAGUUAUAAACAUUCCAUUCUGCAGGUGGAAUUAAGAAUAAUUAUUUAUUAAUGUGAUAUUAUCAUGUGUUAGCAUACGGUUGUUUUUAUCCAGGUGUACUGAUUUGCUCUAAAAUAAGAUAAGAUAUCUUUUUAGGCAAAUUAAAAUUCGGCUUAUAGAAUCUGGUAGAUUAUUCUGAUUGGAUGGUUCCAGGAAAUGAUUAAUGAGCUGGUUUGAAUGUUAUUUUAAUUGAAAAUUACAUGAAAAUAGGAUACUAUAUGCCUAGGAAGAUCUAGCCAGCAUUGAAAGGGUUACCCAGUUGAUUUAACUGUUAGCCAAGGUUUAAUGGCUUUUCGCUGUGUGAAGUUUUACUUUCUGUCUGUGAAGUACCCUCAUAAAUCUUACUAAGUGACAGGUGAUGCUGCAGCGUUGUACUGUGAUUAGCCAUUGCCAUUGUAUACUUAUGUUAUACUAAAUAUUCACUGAUUAUUAUCAUGCAUGCUGCCUAAUGUUAUUGUUAUUUUAUUUGUCACAAUAAAUUAUAUCUAUUUUUAUAACAAAUUGUUAUUUUAUUUGUAUGGAAUACAUUUCACUUACAUGAUAACGAUCUCUAGGCUCUAAGAGAAUUGAAAUAGUGGGCAAUUCUCGACUGUUUAAUAUUAUCAUCCCAUAAAUAUCCCCACAACUCACAGUAUAGGUACGAACUAGAUUGUGCUGAGAUCAAACACAAUAAAACCCAAUGUGCGAAUACAAAUAUCCCUGCACCGAUUCAUUAUUUUUAUUUAAAUGUUAAGCACAGUGUUUUUUGGAACAAGGAAUUUAUAGCUAGCAUGCGAAAUUAGGACAAGACAGCAAUUUUGUCGUCUAUACAUCACUGCCCAUGAAAAUAUAAAUCUCAAACAAUAUAAUAAAAAUGUAUUUACAGAAUUUUAUAAUGAUUUGUUUUGUCUUUUUAAAAACAUUACAAGAGUAUAGAAUAUGAUAAAUGACACUGUAUCCCUGACCUCAUAAUAAUUCUAAAAACAGAAAUAUUACCGUAAAACAAAUGUCAAUUACAUUACAAAUUGUAAGAAUUACCAUGACAUAUUAAAAAACUGCUAAAAUACCAAUUUACUAAAAUAAAGGUUCCCAACGUGCAAAGAGAAAAUGUGCCUUUAUACAGUAAAUUCAGCAGCCUAAUAAAAAAACGGUACUUGUAAAGGCUUUGCACAUUUUACUUGAUUCAUUACUGGUUGAUAUUCAGCUCAAGGUGUGCAGUGCUGGCUUCCGUACAUUGAGCGUGACAUCAAUUACAGAGGGACUGACAAAAGGUCUAUGGAUUACUGUAAGGGGAAGGUAAAUGGGUUUUUGUUUGGUUUUCUGUCCACCCUACAGAACAGGAAAAACCUUUAUGUUGAUAACAUGGCUUAAUCUGGGGGAAUUGUCAUUACUGUGCUGUAACGGGAGGCUUAUACAGUCGGAGGAGAGCAUGGUGGCAAUGGCACCAAUAAUUCUAAAUAGUUUUAUAUAUUUAGAAAAAGAUAGUCCUGCGCUCAUUCCCAUCACUAAUGGGCGGCAGCAAUGACUACAGUACACAGCAGCCCCAAUAUAUAGCAAAAACCAAAGAAAAACAAGUUACCUGUGCUCUCUCGUUAAUCCCUAUGUAUAUUUAAACAAAUGGAGGUAAUUUAGUUACUCCGCUGGCCAUUGGAGGGAAUGCCCGCCUGCCAACGUCAAGGCAGACCCCCCUAAGCGGGUCCUACACUGACCCUUCACCUUGCUUCCUUGAGCUUCUGGCAAAGAUAUCUCCACUGAGACAGAGAGGGGUAUUUUUUAUAUACACCCAUAUAUACUUAUUAACCCUUAAUAGGGAACACAUGGGAUCGGCGGCAGCAUUGUAACAAAGCUGUGUGAUACAAAAAUUGAAUAUAAAUAGAAAAAGAUAAGUCCUGCGCUCACUCCCAUCACCAAUGGGUGGCAGCAAUGACUACAGUACACAUCAGCCCCAGUUUUAUAUAUAUAUGUCACUAUUUAUUACUGGGAAACUAUACACAUGUUGUAUUAUGAGUAAGUUAGUGAACAUAUGUUUUCUUAAAGGGUAACUCUGACCCAAAAAUAUGUGCGUUUAAGAAAACACUGUUUUUAGUUAGAGAAACACUUCUCAAUCCUGUCCUCUUUGAAAAAAAAUGUAAAGAAGAAAAGAAAAUAGCUAAAACUCACCUUUCUUUCCAAUGCCGUGACAAUGUUCCUCAAUUCAAGCUUCCUCCGACUGAAUUCACUGCUUCUCACUGGAGCGUAUGAAAUAUGUACUAGAGGAAAGUCAAACACCACAUUUGCAUAGAAUUCAUUUUAGCUAGACAGGAAGUCUUGUUACACUGAUAAUUGAUUACAUUACCAGAGGUGGAGUUACAUCUCUGGCAGAAGAGGGAUUAAACUCUAUAUGUGCAGCAUUUCACAGUUAAAUCAAUGAAGUGGUCAUGGUGAAUGUGUCAUGGAUCUUGGAGAAACCUUUUAAAAGUAAUUCAGAUGUAAUGCAGAGAUAAUGAAAGUAAAAACAGUUUAUUAGAUAAAUAAUCUAAUUUAGUCUAACUUAGCUUAAAACAAGAAGAUUUAGAGGUGUGUAGCAUUUAGGAUCCCAUACAGAUAAUAAAUUAAUUCUGAGAAGUUAAUUCAAUUAAUUAUCACUUCUGGUAGCACUGUGGCAAAAUGUCCGGUGGGUUCCCGGAAAUUAUCGAUAUGUCUAGUUUAUUGAAAACAAAUUGUAAAGGUGGUUAAUGUAUGAGUAGAGCUGUAAUUAGAAAUGAGAAAUUGACAAAUGAAGAGAUGAUUAUAUAACAAAAAAGUAAUAAAUUUAAUUAAUCUUUUCCUUCAACUUGCAGAGCAGUAUGGUCCGGUAUAUACCAUUUACAUGGGGAUGGAGCGCGUUGUGGUACUCUGUGGAUAUGAUGUGGUGAAAAAAGCACUGAAUGACAACAGAGACGUGUCAGUGGCUGGGGGCACAUGCCACUGCUAGAGAAGAUAAGCUCUGGAGGUCAUGGUGAGAACAAACUUUAUCUUGCAGCGCAAGAACAGACUCUUUGUCCCAUAGCUCCUUCUGUCUGUGUCUCCGACUCUGUGUCCCAUAGCUCCUUCUGUCUGUGUCACCCUGCAGUGGGAGGGACAGACUCUGUGUCCCAUAGCUCCUUCUGUCUGUGUCAACCUGCAGUGGGAGGGACAGACUCCGUGUCCCAUAGCUCCUUCUGUCUGUGUCACCCUGCAGUGGGAGGGACAGACUCCGUGUCCCAUAGCUCCUUCUGUCUGUGUCACCCUGCAGUGGGAGAGACAGAGUAUGUGGCCCAUAGUUCCCUUGAGUCUGUGUCACCCUGCAGUGGGAGGGACACAGUAUGUGGCCCAUAGUUCCCUUAAGUCUGUGUCACCCUACCUCAUGAGGGACAGACUCUUUCAUGGCUAUUUACUAAAGUGAGAAUUCAAGUUGAAUUUAAAGUAAAUUUAAAAUGUAAUGCCAAAGAAGCCAAAUUUGAUCUCCUAUUUUUUAUCUGGAAGGGAACAGAAGAAAAAAAUUUAUCAACAAAUUAAAUGAUAACGAUCGGGGUAUAAUUUUAACUACAAAUUUUACCAAAAUUAUGGUUAAUUUUUUAAAAUAAAAUCAACAUGAGUACGCACUUUAAAAAGGCUGAUGUAAAUAGUUUUCUACCCACCACUAGCAGCCAUUUUGCACCCUGGCUCAGAGCAAUCCCAACUUCACAAUUCCUUCGAAUCAGGAGGAGACCACAUUUACUGAACAGACAGACAAACUAAAGAGCAGCCUACUAGAAAAAGAAUAUAGGAAAGAUGACCUAUCAUUUGCAAUUAUAGCCAUGGUAACCAACAAUUUAGGAAAAUUAUUAAUAAACAUUUUAUCUCAUUUUUUGCCAGACAAACCAAGGGUGAUUUUUAGAAGAGUACCCAAUAUGAUAAAAUUACUAGCAAAGAAACCAUAUUAGAAAAGAAUGUAAUAUAAAACCUAUUGAUACAAGGAGUGUUUUUUUUGGGUGUUUAGCAUGCAGAAGCACAAAUAGCAAACAAAAGACACAAGAAAACGUAAAAACACACAAAAUGAUCAAGAAUUCACCAUAACGAGUCUCAUCACCUGUCACUCAAGGAAUUUAAUGUUUUAAUGUAUCUAUUGGAGUGCCCAUGCAGCCUAAUAUAUGUGGGCCGCACGAAACGAAACUUACACACGAGGGUGGCAGAACAUGUAAGAAAAUUGAAGAGGAGAAGAUUUUAACAAAAUUUUAGGACAAUAUUAGAUGAAGUGGAUAUUCAACCUUGGGACUUUACAACCCUAAGGUUUGAAUAUUGAUUAUGAAUUAUGUCACUUCCUCUAACAUUACUCUUAUUCCCAAUCUAGUUUUUUAUAUUGUUCAAUUUUUUUUAUGCAUACACAACUUAAUUAGUUUGAUCAGUUCCUAACAUUUUAUAGUAUUUUAUUCUCACCAAUUUCUUCGAUUGUUCCAGCUCUUAUGAUUCCCUUUGUCAGAACUCACCUAUCUCCAAUCCCUCGUGGUUACUUUCGUGUUCAGCAAUUCUACUCCUCCCACUUGAGUGAUGCAAGGCUUCCAUGCCUUAUAGGGAAGACGCGCCAAAAUCAAAUCGCUUAGUGAUUUUGCCUCAUGAGCUCUAACCUCGUUCUAAUUCAUUGUAUUCGAAUUCAAACUUCUACUUUGAGUCUACUGAUCUCGUUACUCUUAAACUCCUAUUUGGAAAUCUACAUUGCUGUCAUCGCCUCUUCAAAGACAGACAGUCUGUUUUUUGGACAAGCUAAUCCUCGAAUGAAGCAAGAAUUAAUAUAAGUAUACCACUCCUUUUAAAAGUAUUCACAAGAUUCUUGUAACUGUAUUGUUACUAUUACCUGCUACCAUUCCGGCUAAUAUACUGCGGACAUUGGUUACAACUGCCUGCUACCAUUCCGGCUAAUAUACUGCGGACAUUGGUUACAACUGCCUGCUACCAUUCCGGCUAAUAUACUGCGGACAUUGGUUACAACUGCCUGCUACCAUUCCAGCUAAUAUACUGCGGACAUUGGUUUCAACUGCCUGCUACCAUUCCAGCUUAUAUACUGCGGACAUUGGUUACAACUGUCUGCUACCAUUCCGGCUAAUAUACUGCGGACAUUGGUUACAACUGCCUGCUACCAUUCCGGCUAAUAUACUGCGGACAUUGGUUACAACUGCCUGCUACCAUUCCGGCUAAUAUACUGCGGACAUUGGUUACAACUGCCUGCUACCAUUCCGGCUAAUAUACUGCGGACAUUGGUUACAACUGCCUGCUACCAUUCCGGCUAAUAUACUGCGGACAUUGGUUACAACUGCCUGCUACCAUUCCGGCUAAUAUACUGCGGACAUUGGUUACAACUGCCUGCUACCAUUCCAGCUAAUAUACUGCGGACAUUGGUUUCAACUGCCUGCUACCAUUCCAGCUUAUAUACUGCGGACAUUGGUUACAACUGUCUGCUACCAUUCCGGCUAAUAUACUGCGGACAUUGGUUACAACUGCCUGCUACCAUUCCGGCUAAUAUACUGCGGACAUUGGUUACAACUGCCUGCUACCAUUCCGGCUAAUAUACUGCGGACAUUGGUUACAACUGCCUGCUACCAUUCCGGCUAAUAUACUGCGGACAUUGGUUACAACUGCCUGCUACCAUUCCGGCUAAUAUACUGCGGACAUUGGUUACAACUGCCUGCUACCAUUCCGGCUAAUAUACUGCGGACAUUGGUUACAACUGCCUGCUACCAUUCCGGCUAAUAUACUGCGGACAUUGGUUACAACUGCCUGCUACCAUUCUGGCUAAUAUACUGCGGACAUUGGUUACAACUGCCUGCUACCAUUCCAGCUAAUAUACUGCGGACAUUGGUUACAACUGCCUGCCACCAUUCCGGCUAAUAUACGGAGGACAUUGUUAUAUCUGUCUUUACUAUUUCUGCAAAAGAUACUACAGCCAAUACCUUUCUAACUCUUAUUAACUCUGUAAGGUAUACUGUUGACCAAUUAUACUAAUUGUUUAGCUGCUUCCUAUGUUUGCAAAAUGUAAAUAUAUAUCUCUUAUUCAUAUUUGGAAAAUUGAAAACAUCAUUAAAAGUCUAUAAAAGGAAUCUGUACCUCUCCUUGAGCUCUUAAAGUUACAGCUAUAAAUUACUUCUGCAGUUGUGUUCCACAAUUUGGGUUUUCUUUUUCAAAAUCAUAACACGUAUCUCAAUAGACCACCCAAGUGCAGCAAUAGAAAAUAAAAAUAACGUUAAUUACUUCCCUUAAUAAUCUAGGUUGUAAAAGAGGAUUCCUCAAAAACCUCACAAAAUGUAUACAAAAUAUAAGAUACACCUAGACAAAAACAGAAAGAAAGAGACGAUCAUAGGGAAACACUGUUAAGUAGAUGGGUCCCUACUAAAAUAUUGCCCUCAAAAAGUGACGGAGAAAUUCAAGCCCAUCAAGGUUUCUUUCAAUCUUGUUUAAAUCUUGUAAAGGAAUUCCUGGUUCCUCAAGUAUACAUGUAAAAGAAAAACUGAACAUAGCAUAGAAUUGUAGGUAAUAUAAAAAGCACAAUUUAUUGGAAACACUUACAAGAAGUGAAAAAUAAAAAUGCCCAACAGAUAUUAGUCCCUCUAUCCAAGAUGACAAAUGGAAGCUUCAAAUGCUGGCAUUACAGGCAGCAGUAAAACCAGCUCUACGCGUUUCGUCUAAAAAUUAAACUUCAUCAGGAAAAUUCAAUAAAAAACAAUAUUACAAUCAAAUGAAUAACAAAUAGUAAAAAGUCUCUUACGUUCAGUCUUCUUUUAAAUGUCCCUCUUGCCGGGUUGGGCUUCUCAUCGGCCAAUCUGCGCGCUUAGUGUCACCUGUUUCGUGUAAGCUGAAUUCUAAGUCCAUGUAGGUACUUCCGCCGAGCGUUCCGUGGAACGCAUAUGCGUUCCACUGAUCCGGAAGAAAGGAACUCCCUCUUCAUCCAUCAUCUCUUAGCGGAAAUCGAUCCAUGAUGUAGGAGAGAACAUGGAGAAGGAAAACAAAACAAAAUGAUAUAAACAGCAAAGAGCAUACUACUAGCUCACACCAUAAACUAACAUGGUAUAUAAAACCAUGUAUAUUAGAAUAUCAAUUAAUGAAACAUAUCCCUUAGUGCCAAAAUGUGGAUAUAUAGAGAUAGAGGUGAAUACAUGAAUAUAAAGAGAAUGGAAUACAUAUAAACAAAGAUAAAAAUAAUAUAGAAAAAAAUGUUAUAGAAAAAAUAUAUAUAACAAUAAAAAAUAAAUAAAGAAUAGGAUAAAAUAAUAAAUAAAAAUGAAAAUAAAAUAAAAAAAUAAAAAAAAUUAAAAUUAAAAUUAAAAAUAUCAAAAUAAAAAAAUAGUAAAAAUAGUAAAAAUAGAAAUAAGAAUAAAAAUAAAAAUAAUAAUAAAAUUAAAAUUAAAAUGAUAGUAAAAAUAAAAAUAAAGAUAAAAACGAAAAUGAAGAUAAAAAUGAGAAUAAUAAAUAAAAUGGAAUACAAAAAUGAAAAAAAUGAAAAAAGAUAAAAUGAAAAAAUGAAAAAGUUAAAGAAAACAUAUUAAAUCAAAAUCCACAUUCAACCCAUAUGGUUGAAGGGUUUUUAAUUUAUGAAUCCAGAAUCCUUCUCUUUGUCUCAUUUUCAUAGUGAUAUCUCCACCCCUUAUACCAAGCGAUACUUGUUCUAUGAUCACCCAUGAAAAAUUGUGGGUUUGAAAUUGGGGACCCUGAUUACAGUGGAUGGGAAGAGAGUGAUUUUUGAAAUUACGUCUGAUAUUGUUUUUAUGUUCCAAAAAAUGUAUCUUUGCCUUUCGUCCCAUCCUCCCCACAUAUUGAACACCACACCCACAUGUGAGGCGAUAUACAACAUGUGAGGAAGAACAGGUUACCCGUCUUUGGAUUUGAAAAGUUUCUUUGGUAAUAAAACUUGAAAAGGAACGUGUAUGGGAUGGUAGCCCUCUACACGCUUUACAAGUACCACAGGUGUAAAAUCCUCUACUACCCUCCAAUUCAUUUCUGUCCCCACUUCAAAAGUGACUAGGUGCUAACUAUGAUGAAAAACUUCUCCCUUUUCUAUAUACUAUUUGAGGAUGUAUGGGUAAUUGGGGACCUAUAAAUUCAUCAUGUUUCAGAAUAUUCCAAUGUUUUUUAAAGAUUUUAUUGAUAGCAAAAGCUUUGGAAUUAUAAUUAGUGUGAAAUGAGAACUCAAAUGCUUUAUUGGAAUUUUCAGUAUGUUUAAUUUUAUCAACAUUAAAAGGUCACCUCUUUUAAUGUUUUCCACUCUCUCUAUUUCUCUAUUCAGGAUCUCUUUUUUAUAACCUUUCUCAAUAAAUUUCUUUGUCAGAAUGUCAGCUUGUUCUAAAUAAGUAUCCUUAUUUGAACAAUUUUGUCAGAGUCGGGUGUACUGGCUUCUGGGUACUCCCGACAACCAUCUAGGAUGGUGUCCACUAGUAGAUUCAAUGUAACUGUUGGUAUCAGUAGAUUUAAAAUACGGUUUAAUAUGGAUAUGACCUCCUUGUGUUGAAAUGGUCAAAUCCAAAAAAAUAUAUGGAGGGAAAAAACAAGUGAAAAAGUGUUAUCAUUGAAAUACUUUAAAAAGUCUAGCAGAUGUUCUUCAGACCCCUUCCAAAUAACAAGAAUAUCGUCAAUAUAACGACGCGAGAGCACCAGGUCUUCCCCGUACGAAUUAUGGUCCCAAAUAAACUGGCGUUCCCAAAAAUCCAUAAAAAUAUUAGCAUAACACCCUUCUUAAUUUCUACUGCAAGAGUUUAUUAGUUUAAUCUCAAUGUAUUUAACAUUCAAUGUAUUUAGCAUUUUAAAUUUUAUUAUAUUCUACAUUACAUGUGCAUAUUGUCCCCUUUCCCCCCUCCCCCUCCCCUUCUUUAUUUUUCUCUUUCCCCUUUCUCCUCCCAUAUGGCAAUUAUUUUUGUUUUGCACAAUCCCAAAUAUGGAGCCACGUGCUCCUUUGUGGGAUAUCAUUUCAAUUUGGCCAUCUAAUGCACUUUCUCCCUCCCUCUUGCCCACUUACAAAAUGUCGGAGUCAGUCGGAGUCGUCGCAAGAGGGGUUUGGGCUGACGUACAACAUAUUGUGACAUCAUUACGGCCACCACCGGCUCAGACCAAGACCGAUUCCCAAACGUGGCGGGAGGUGAUUUCAAGCAUGGACAGGAGUUACGUCCGCAAUAGGCUGGCGGACAGGACAAGCGGCUUGAUCCGCAACUUCAAUUCCGCCAACCACUUGGGGGAAGUGACUGGCUCAUGACCGGCACCCCUGACCACCAAUGAUUAAAAUUAAAGUUAGGCUGUUUCCAGCACAGCGCAUCCUUCGGGGGGUGGAGGGCAGAUGUGACGAGCGGCAGUGCCCGCGACGACGCUUCCACCAACCACAGACCGGAUAUGACACAGCAGGACAGACAUCACUCAACCACCAAUGAUGAAAACAAAUUUAAAGUGGCAAAUUCAAUUACCCAAUAGGGGUUUUCUAGAUACAGGUUCAACUAAUCACUUAAAGGGAUGCCACACAAUUUGAAUUUGGGAUUGGCCAACUGAACAUCAUGUGAUCCCAAAAGGGAGGAUCCAAAAGACUCACAGGACAUUUAAAAGGCCAAGGAUUCCAGAGGCUACAUUACAGCUGACUGAGGAAGCUCAUAAAUAAAUGAAACACACUUUGGCCGAGCUGGAUUUUUAAUUGGAUUUUUUAUUUUAUAUACUUAUAAUAUGUGUGUUUUUAUUUACAAGAAAUUUUUAUAAGUUAUUCCAAACCAAGUCCCUGAAGCCUCUAGGAGUCUGUAUUGGGGAAGUGCCAUCCCCAGAAAGUGGCACCCUGCUGAUUAUCCUUAGAGCCAGGAACUGAAGGCUCUUUUAAAGGUGAUCAAAAUACUUACCAUAAGGUGUACUAUCCGUAUCUUGUACUUUACCACACAGUUGGUCGCUUUUCUCUAUUAUAUUUCUCUUGCAGGAACAUCAUUGAGCGAGUGGUGUGUUGCUGCCCUAAGAGCAAAAAGGUUUACUUUACAGAGCCAAUGCCAUAUAGGCUCCAGACCAUGUGAGUGGUUCUAGUUAUUUAUUUACCAUUUAUUAUUAUCCAAGACCAUCUAAACUAUAUAUUUCUGUUUUUUUCUUUUCCAUAUGUACCUCAAAGAUUGUACUUUCAAGUUUGUUGUUAUACCCUAUUGAUGGGGUAAGUCAACCCCAGCACAAUUUCUAUUUGUAUAGCGCUCCACUAAUUGGUAUAUAUUCUAUACCAUAUAUUUUCUGUAAAUCUAAGAUUGAUUGUGGAAAUAAGAGUGUUCCAUUUUAUGUGUUGAGCAGCUUUUUGUUUAGGCACUAUAUUGUAUCACCAACUAACUCCUAGUAGAGGCACAGUUUGUUUUUAAAGUUAGAGAAAGAUUUGUUGCUUUUGGUCCUGAAGGAGUUAAUACACGUGUGUCAGUUAAAAGGAAAUUAUAGUCUCAAAAAUAAAAAUAAAAUUUGUUGACAUUAAUUAAUAUACUAUUGGAAAUAGUUAUGGACUGGAUUGGAAAUAGUCAUAGACUGGAUUGGAAAGAGUCAGAGACUGGAUUGGAAAUAGUCACGGACUGGAUUGGAAAUGAUCAUAGACUGGAUUGGAAAUAGUCAUGGACUGGAUUGGAAAGCGACACGGACUAGAUUGGAAAGAGUCACGGACUUGUCAGGAUACUAGUUGAUCCAGCACGCAGAAUUGUGUCACACCUAGGACUAAAGGUAACGUCUUACCGGAUCUUAGAAUUGCCGGACUUAACAUACCAGAGAAUAUUCAGUAAACUUGCCAAGGUCAGGGACACAGAAGGAAACAUAACGAUGAGGGAAAGCCAAAAGUCAAGGAUACCAGAAUACAGGGAAGUCAAAAUGAAGCCAAAGUCAAUAACCAGAAAUAAACACUCAGGAACACUCUCUUGGAUAACCUACUAAGGGAAACCAUGACAGGACAAUGACGAAAAGUAAAAAUGCAUUUAAAUAAGCCUCUUACAGAUCUGAUUGGCUGAAAUCAGCCUUUGACCCCAGAACGUGCGUGCACGUCUCCCACGUGAUAUCACCCCCACGCCAACUUCGUCACCAUCAUGGGCAGUUGUGGGGCUACAAAAUGGUGUGGAUCUUCAGCAGCCGGCGUCCACCAACAUGUCGCAGGAGUCAGAUAUACUGACGCAUGGCUGCUGAGCGGCACUUCCAUUAUUGUCAGGGAGGCAAUUACUGCAGACACCACAAGGUGAGGAUGAGUAUGUUACUGGACUGGAUUGGAAAGAGUCAUGGACUGGAUUGGAACUAGUCAUAGACUGCAUUGGAAACAGUCAUGGACUAGAUUAGAAAUAGUCAUAGACAACAAAACGCCGCACUCUAAUGAUGCUAUCGGCAGAAUUCCCAAACUGAGUUUUAAUCAGUUUAGAGUAGGAAGUGCCUAUAGUGGAUAGACACUAGAGGUGUAUUUAACCAGUAAAGGAGGGUUAAGACGACCACUGUGCCCAGAAAAUGUCAUUGCACUUGGUGACUUUAUCUGUCCUUUGCUCAUUUAGACGUGUACCAGGUGCAUGCUGGGAGUGCCCAGAAACUUAUUGUAGAGUCAAAUAAUCCUCCCUGUCCAUAGGUUUCUGUGUGAAUUUUUGCAUUACUAUGGGUUUUUGCUCGUUAUGUUUUUUUUUUGUUUGUUUGUUUUUUUAAUUAUGGCUAUCUCUGUAGACAUUAUUGAAUUAAUUUGUAUGGCCAUUUUCUCUGGGUGCUCUGUACACUUCUAGGGAUCUGGCUGUAGCGGAUUGCAUUAAGGCUGUCCUCAAGAAUUCGUAUUAAAAAUGUAUUUGUGUAAUUGUUUCACUGGAUAACUGUAAGUGUAUGUAGCUUUCGUAUGAUUGUUUGGUAGUUUUCAUACAAAUGAAACUACCGAACCAUUAGACCACCCCAGUGAGAAGUGUGCACCUCGUUAAGCUUUCACACUCUGAAACUGCAGCUUAAUUGACUGUGAAAUUGAUAUAUUGUAUGUACCUGUGUGGUCGCCGUUCGGCAUACAAACCGCGUGCGGCGGCCAUCUUACUCAAGAAAAUUUCAGCGGUGUUUGGUUGUCGAGUGUCUGGAACUCAAAUCGGACACUCAAACACCCGAACACCGCUGAGACCUCCAGAGCUCCAUAACUCCCGAACGGAGGGGCCAGUCAGCCCCUCGUUCGGUAAAAUAAAUGUACCAAACAAGGGAAUACAGACGAAUAGAAGAUUAUCUGUGGAUGGCAAGGAUUACUGUAUGUUUUAACUACCGAAUGGAGACCGACCGCAGGGCCAAAACACAUGGAGCCUUUUUCUGAUACCACCUCGUGUGCGGUCGGUCAAAUUUCACCUUCCACCUAACUCCCGAACCCCUGGUCCGAUCUGGGUGGAUUUUGAAUAUGUUCGUCACCCAGAUCUGGGCUACAGGGGGGUACCCAAAAUAUAAUUCUAGCUGCUUGUUUUGGUGGACAUCCAGAACUCGGGGAAAACUACAGUAUAUUCAAUUGGAUUAUGUGUCAAACUGAGGGGAGGAGAUGUGUGGGAGGUAACUGUUACACUAUUGGCUACUGUAAUAAUUACUGUGAAUCCCUCCCUUGCAUGGGAGAAAGCUUUAAAAGAAGGUUGAGUGAUUAAAAGUUCAGUUCUGCUCCUGAUGCUGUGUGUCAUCCAGUCAUUGGGAUCUGUAUGGGGAUAUUCGUGGAUUACAUUGCUUGCUGUACUUAUUGUUAUAUGGUAUUUUAUUACUUGUUCCUGAGCCUCACUGGGAUCUUUAGUGGAGUUAACCUGUGAAAGACCAGUUCUCCACUACACUGGCAUAUACUUGAGUGCUAAUAAAUUCCUGCAUCAAGUUGUGACUGGCAAGUAAAGUGCUAAUGUCAUGUAGGUCUCUGUUCAUUUAGAAAGAUCUUUGGAAUUGUAACCCACUCUUUUUAUUGAAUGCAUUAGGUGUGGUUGACAGUAACGGUGAACGCUGGAAACAGCUGAGACGAUUCUCUCUGAUGACACUGAGAAACUUUGGGAUGGGGAAGAGGAGCAUGGAGGAGAGGAUCCAGGAAGAAGCUUAUUUUCUUACACAACAAUUCCGUGUAGUCAACUCUCCAACAUCAGAACGGCAGGUUAAAUAAAUGACUCUCUCCGGUUUAUGAACUAUACAUAACAAAAGGAAUUUCACAGUUAUCUCAUGGCUACUAUUGGUCGGCAAAUUCACACAAAAUAUAGACAGAACACACACCAAACAUCACUCCGACCCUGACUUUCUAUAUAUUGUACCCUUUCUUUUAUAUCUUCAUUGAAAUACAAAUUGACAAAACACAUUCAACUCUGCGACAGGCGGAAUGGAUGAUAGAGAUACAGGAAAUGUCUUUUUUAAGGUGCUAUACGUGAACAAACGAAAACAAUCCAAAGAGAACAAACUAAAUUUAAGACACCCGUCUACACGGCUGCUUUGAGCUGCCUUUCCAGACCUUUCCUGACUCAGGAUAUAUCUGUUGUGCAUAAUAAAUAUGGUGAUGAUUAGCUUUAUAUUUUACUUAAUUGGACCAAACAUUAUACUACCCUAAAUUCCUGUAUUAUGCAAAUCGCCGGAAAGAGAAAAUGUAAAUUAUUAUAAUCAUAUUAUAGCACAUAUAAUGUAUACAAUCUCAGGGUUGUUUACUAAAGUGCCAAUUCAAAGUGAAUUUCAAAUGUAAGGUCGAGUAGCCAAACCAAAAAAAAUUCUAAGUCAGUGGUUCCCAAACCAAUCCUCAUGGACCACCAACAGUCCAGGAUUUAUGUAUUUCCCUAUUUUAUUUCAAUGGGGAUACUAACACAACCUGGACUGUUGGUGGGUCUUGAGGACUGGUUUGGGAAACGCUGCUCUAAGUCAUCUAUAGUGUCAGAUUGGAUACUCUGGACUUAAAUUCACUUCAUUUCCACUUCAUAAUGGUUUUAUGUUUUUGAGAUCUUGUUUAGUAAAUCAGUAUUGUUUUAUUUAAUUUUGUUUUUAUUUGUGAUCCCAUAGGUCAGCCCAUGGAUCCCACCUUCUUUUUCGGCAAAGCUGUAUCCAAUGUAAUCUCCUCUGUGGUUUUUGGAAAUUGUUUCGAAUGUGAAAGCAAGGAAUUUCUCACAUUGCUCAGUCUCUUUAAUGGAAUAUUUCAAGGUUUCCGUUCUGUUUGGGAACAGGUAAACGACCCAUGAUGGUGCUAAUGUACCACCAACCUUAUAAACUACACUAAGCAUCUUUGCAUGUAAGUUGUGUAAAUAAAUGAUUAAUCUAGUUCAAUAAUACCUUAAAACGAAUAAGUUCAUGUUUAAUGAAAGUUUGUCCAGACGGCCUUUAAAGAAUAUUUCUGAAAUAUAUCCCCUUAUGUUAACUUUCUGACAGAUGUAAAAAUGCAUUUAGCAUACUGCUUGUAUUUUUUAGAUUCUGAAUUCCCUGAAUUUCUUAGAAAUACCCAUAAGCAGAGACUUUAUUUAUAUUUUGAAGCAUGUACUGUAAGCACCACAAGAUUAUACUUUGCAUAUACCCAUUUUUUUUGCAACAUGAACAUGUUCUAAAAAUGUGAUUUUUCUCUCUGUUUCCUGAAGGAAAGCGGAUCUGUGUCGGGGAGAGCUUGGCACGGAUGGAACUCUUUCUGUUUUUCACCAACAUAUUGCAGAACUUCACCCUGAGGUCCUCAGUGGAUAUAGAGGAGCUUGAUCUGACUCCAGAGAUUAGUGGAUUUGGGAAUUAUCCUCGUAACUAUCAGCUGUGCUUCAUUGCUCGCUAAUUGUAUUUAAACAGAUUAUAUGGCUUUUCCAAUUGUCAAAAUUUUUAUGUUAUAAUAAAAAGGUAGUUUAUAGAUGGAACAGUGUUCUAAUACUAGAAAUGUUUGGGAUGAAAAAAUGAAUUCUUAAUAAUAUAUAGAUAUAUAUAUAUAUAUUAUUAAUGAAUUUCACAGAAAACAAAAAUGUCUAAAACAAACAUAAAAAUGAUUCAUCUAUACUCUUUAUACCAUAAUGUUUAGGGUGUAAGUGUAUAUCAUUUUAAUGUUAAAAUUCUGCAGAUAAAAAAAAAACCAUAUGUUUAUUAUACAUAAACCAUAUUAGACAACUAAAAUAUAUACAAAAUACAAAAGUGAGAGCACACACUAUUGCAUAAAUACCACAGAUAAACAUUGGAUGUGGAAUCUAAAAAUGCAAAUGUAAAAGGCCAUAGGAUAAUAUAGUUAAUAAUUCCUUUUUCCAAACCUUUAUCAAAAAAAAACUUGAAAUUUAAUUUUAAUAUCUUCCAAUGGAUUCUUGGAUUCUAAGGGAGCUCUACAUAUGUCUCUGUAUCUCCUAAUUGAUUAUAAAUCUCUUUAAUAUAUUUUUCUCUUUGUUACACCUGUUGAAAGAGGCGUGUGGAGUGGUGAUAUGGCAAAGAAAAAAAAUAUAUUAAAGAGAUUUAUAAUUAAUUAGGAAAUGCAGAGACAUAUAUGGAACUCCCCAAGAAUCCAUUGGAAGAUAUUAAAAUCACACUGGACGGUAUGUACCGAGUAACAGGCUCAGCACGCACCGCACCGGGCACCCCCAGAGAUGUCAUCCUGCGAUGUGUCACCAUACAUGACAAGAUUCAAAUAAUGACUGCCCUGAAAGGCAAAAUGCCACUGGAAUUUGAGGACGCAAAGUUAUUAUUUUUUCAAGACCUCACCAGAGCCACGUUGCUUAGACGCAAAUCCUUUGGCCCAGUAACGUCCACUCUACGCAAAGCGAACAUACCAUACAGAUGGGGGAACACCGGCUCCUUAAUUGUCCAUCAUGCUGGGACCACCCACAACCUUACCUCCCCCAUGGGAGCCCCAGCCUUCCUGUCUGCAAUGGGAUUGCAGCCGAGUCAACCGCCUACUACAGACGACAAUCAAAAUGUCACCUGGGACCCAACACCUCAACCAGACAACUGGCGGAAUAGCCACAGCGCCCCAACACCUGACCCUUAUCUGGGACUGAGCCAACCUGGCCGCUGAACAACCAUCUGGCUAUCGAAAACCACACCGACCAACUACUUGCUUGGACUUUUACCCAAACCAAUUAAGAGUUUAUCAUGUUCAGCAACUGUGUUUUUUUUUUGUUUGUUUGUUUUUUUAUCUCGUUUCCUUCUAUUUUCUUGUAUGCACAUGCAGACAACACACCCCAACUCCUGGGAUAGGUACCACUACCCCCAAACAUAACGGGGUUAACACACCUCUCUCACUCAGCAAGCCAUUGGCCUCUGAGACCCAGGCAAUCUGGCAACAAGAAACUCCCAUGUACAACUGUGCACAGAAAAAAAAAGAAAGAAAAAAAGAUGGACAGUUUCAUAGUAAAACUUUUUUUAAACAGGUAGAUCUGAAUAGUUUUAUUCAUUUUAAGCUGUCACUUUAAACCAUGGUUGACCAAUAUUCCCAAAAGCUAAUUCCUUAGACUCAGAUGUAAUUGUUCAGAACUUGAGCAAUGCAAAAGUCAGUCUAAUAUUCUUGAAAAUCUAUUUAUAUAGAAAGGAUAUGAUCUCACUCCAGUUCAACAAGUACGUGAGGAAAUAGAAAGUAAACCUACGGAUCAACUAUUGCACUAUAAAAAUAGACCAAAAAUUAAUAUAGAAGAGGAUAAUGAGAUUCCCUUAAUUUUCAACUAUUGUUUCAAUACUUCUCAUUUAUGUAAAAUUAUACAAAACAAAUGUAUAUUUAGAAGUAAACCUAAGAUAACUUUUAGGGGGGCUAAUAAUUUUAGGCAGAUAUUAACCAAUAUUUUUUUUAGAGAAAAAAUAAGUAUCAAGUGAUAAUUUGGGUUUUAUUAUUGUAAUAAUUGUAGAGGUUGUACACUAAGAAAGAAUAAAAAUAAAACUGUUGAAAAAUUCACCUCAUUUACCAAUAAAAUACAACAUGAUAUUAAAUCUUUUAUCACUUGUAACUCUAAAAACGUGAUAUACAUGUUAAUAUGUCCCCGUGGAUUCUAAUAUAUAGGGAAAACAACAAGAGCCCUCAAGAUACACAUAAGAGAACAUAUUUACAAUAUUAAAAGGAAACAUUACCAACACAACGUAUCUAAACAUUUUUUAGAGGUUCAUAAGGGGGAUGCCAGUGGAUUAGAUUUUAUGGGUAUUGAAAGUAUUAAAAUUCACUGGAGAAGAGGAGACAGUAGUAGCCUCCUCAGUAAAGCAGAAAUGAAGUGGAUUUUUAACAUUGGCACCUUACUACCUCAAGGCUUAAAUGCCGAUUGUGAAAUAAACUCCAUCACCAUCAACCCCCUCCCUCACCACCAGCCCCCUCCCUCACCAUCCCUCAACAUCAAUCCCCCACACCAUCCCUCAACAUCAAUCCCCCUCACCAUCAACAUCAACCCCUCUCCCUCACCAUAAACCCCCCUCCCUCACCAUCAACCCCCUCCAUCACCAUCAGCCCUCCUCCAUCCAUCAACCCCCUCCAUCACCAUCACCCCUCCCUCCACCAUCAUCCCCCCCCCUCCCUCAUCCAGCCCCUCUCCCAUCACCAUCAGCCCCCCUCCCUCAUCCCUCCAUCAAUCCCCUCACCAUCCCCCCCUCACCAUCAACAUCAACCCCCUCCCUCACCAUAAACCCCCUCCAUCACCAUCAGCCCUCCUUCAUCACCAUCAGCCUCCCUCACCACUAGCCCCUCCUCCAUCCCUCCAACAUCAAUCCCCUCACCAUCAGCAUCAACCCCCUCCCUCCCAUCACCUCCUACAUCACCAUCAGCCCUCCUCCAUCAACAUCCCUCCCUCACCAUCAGCCCUCCUCCAUCACCAUCCCCCCUCCAUCACCAUCAGCCCCCUCACCCAUCAGCCCCCCUCCCAUCACCAUCAACCCCCCUCCAUCACCAUCAGCCCUCCUCCCCUCACCCAUCACCCCCUCCCUCACCAUCAGCCCUCCUCCUCCUCACCAUCAGCCCCCUCCCUCACCAUCAACCCCCUCCAUCACCAUCACCCCCUCCAUCACCAUCAGCCCUCCUCCCUCACCACAUCAGCCUCCUCCCUCAACACCUCACUCACCCUCACCAUCACCCCCUCCUUCUCACAUCACCCCCCACAUCACACCCCUCUCACAUCACCCCUCUCCCUCUCCCAUCACCCCCACACCAUCACCUCCCUCUUCCUGUCACCAUCACCCCCCUCACCAUCACAGCCUCCUGCCUCCCCCUCCACUCACCAUCCCUCCCCUCACCACCAUCCCCCCCUCCCUCUCACCAUCACCCCCCCUCCCUCUCACUAUCACCUCCCCAUACACACAAGACACUUCAAGCAGCUACCCCAUACACACAGGGUCUCAGGCAAAAACGCAAACAUGCUCACUGUCACAUCCUGCUCUGUUCUGCAAAGAUGUCUGGCUUUGGUUUCUGGUAUCCAGUACUCUUUUUACAAUUCUUGUUUAGUUUUUGUUUUUUCUGGUUGUCUAUUCCAUGUCUGGUUUACUUUAUUGCUGGGAUUUCUGGGGUCAUUCCUGUAUUCCGUCCCUGGAAUUCCCAGUCUCUUGGAUUCACUUAAAAGUUUGUUUUAUGUUGCCGGACCCGUUUGUUUUCCAUCAUUCCUUUUGUUUCAGCCUGGACCUGCAGCAGUGUUUCAUGUCUCUGCCCUUUCUUGCAGGUAAGUGCUAUUGUGGUUUAGUAUGGUUCUUUUAGCGAACAUUAGGCAGUGUAGGACCUGCCGAAUAUGGGGUACAUUGGCGUUGUUGGCAGGCUUGUGCAAUGUAUGAUCAUAUAAUGUGACUAAAUCCCCAUACUUUUCAUAUAUAGGGCUUCGUUAUGUCUCCUCUUGUUUUGCCUAUUAUAUCUUGUCUUGUUUUAUUUUGUCUUGUAUUCCCAGUUCAUGUACUGUCCUGUCCUGUUCUUGUUUUCCUCAUGUCUUGUGUACAUGUUCUGGGUUCUGCUUUCUGUCCUGUUCUGGGUUCUAUUAGUUCUGUCUUGUUUUCAUGUAUGGUGACUAUCCUAACCUUGCCUUGUUUCUGUACUGGAUACAUUCUUGCUGCAGAGCCCCCCUAUCCAGUUCCUGGGAGGUCUGCAUAUCAAGCUCCAAGUUCCUGGGAUCCGCUGUAGCUGCAUCAGGUUUCUGGUAUGUGGCCGCGCAAACGCUGGUGCUCAACGCCAGAGGACGUGUGGUUACCCUGCACCAGACCCUGAUAGUCCAUUACCACACUGAAGACUCCCACUUAUAUUCAGGCACUCAGGGGCCCCGGUUUCCGUACCUCCACCUAUGACACUUACAGAGACAUACAUUCACACACAAGGAUACUCUCUGUCAGACACCCACUCAGGCACAUACACAGGUAAACUAUGCAUCAAUGUGUAUAUGUGACACUUUUUUGUUAGUGGGGCCUCAUGUUUGAGUUUCGCCUAAGGCCUCAUAAAGUCUAGAGCCGCCUCUGUCCUUAAUCACAACAGAUACAUAAUAUGUAUGCCUAAAUGUCUCAAUCACACUAAAUUCAUUAUCUAUAUCUAGAGUACUCAAUCACACUAGAUACAUAACCUGAGUCUUUAGCCUUCAUUAUAUAGAGACCUUCAUCCAAAUUCAAUGUUUCUGGCACCUUAGUACAUACAAGGGAAAAAAACACAUGUUAAAAACACCUUUUAAAAACACUAUUUUCUAUGCCUUUCCUAAUUCCAGAGUGGACACGUGACUCCCAAGUUCUUAUUAUGUAUAAACCCCAUACCUGUCACUAUGUCGGAAUUCACCACACAUUUUACUUCAGAGGAUUAAGAGAAAAACAGGAUUGGGUUACUUAUACACAAUAUUUUGUUUAAAUAACAUGUCAGUCAUUGGUCAAUACCCUGAGUUCACCUGUUCUGCAAACAUAUGAUAUUACGUAAGAUGUGAGACUGUAUAUCGGACUCUAUAUAACAGCAGUAAAUCCACGAACACUAAACACUGGGAUGGAAAGUUGAAAAAUGGACUUCCUCGGAGUUACAGCCUUGCUACUGUCAGCAUGUGUGAUUUUCCUGCUCUUUAAUUUAAUACAAGGCAGGAAAGAAAACAAGAUAAGGCUGCCCCCUGGCCCCACUCCUCUACCUCUUUUAGGGAAUAUAUUACAGCUCAGUGGAAAAGAGGCAUUCAAAUCCUUUAUUAGGGUGAGUAAAGGGACUGUGACAUGUUUAAAGGUGUAUUCAACUAAAUAUACCUGGUGAGUUUAUAUUAUUAAAGGGACACUCCGGGCGUCCACCUAUGUUAGGUGCACUGUGUAGGUUAGGUUUCAGUUAGUUAUACUGGGUGGGUUUAUAUUAAUAAAGGGACACUCCAGGCUCCCACACACGUUAGGUGUGCUGUGCAGGUUAGGUUACAGUUAUACUGGCUGGGUUUAUAUUAUUAAAGGGACACUCCAAGCGUCCACAUAUGUGAGGGUGCACUGGGUAAGUUAGGUUACAGUUGGUUAUACUGGGUGGGUUUAAAUUAUUAAAGGGACACUCAAGGUUCACACACAUGUUAGAUGCAUUGUGUAGGUUAGCUUACAGCUAGUUAUACUGGGUGGGUUUAAAUUAUUAAAGGGACACUCAAGGUUCACACACAUGUUAGAUGCAUUGUGUAGGUUAGCUUACAGCUAGUUAUACUGGGUGGGUUUAUAUUAUUAAAGGGAUACUCCAGGCUCCCACACACGUUAGGUGCACUGUGUAGGUUAGGUUACAGUUAUACUGGGUGGGUUUAUAUUAUUAAAGGCUUCCACACACAUUAGGUGCACUGUGUAGGUUAGGCUACCGUUAGUUAUAUUGGGUGGGUUUAUAUUAUUAAGGGGACACUCCAGGCUCCCACACACGUUAGGUGUACUGUGUAGGUUAGGUUACCGUUAGUUAUACUGGGUGGAUUUUUUUUUUUUAAUUAAUCAUCUGUAUUUACUAAAUAUAACUAUCUUUUGUCCCUAGUAAGUAACCUGCAGUGUUUCCCCUUUUUCAGUCCAAAAAAACUUAUUUUGCAGAAUGUUAAGACUUUCUAUAGUACAAAGAUGACAAGUAAAAUGUAUCUCCCCAUAAACCUUUGUUGUUCAUGAUUAUGUAUCUGUAUGAUUGAGGAUAGAAAACAAAGUGGCUAUCAGGACUGGUUUUAUUGUUAAGAACCUGCCAAAAGAUGUGAUUUAAAUUCUUAUUUUUUAUUGUCAACUGAUUUUUGUUAAGAUUUUCAAUGCAUUUUCUAAAUAAUGGAUUCAAAAUGAGUAAAUUCCCAUCCUGAAACAUCCCUAUAUUGAGUUAAAGAUAUAAAGGAUACAUUUAUAAAAAUGAGUAAUACAUUUGAUUAUCUAAAAACUAUGAACUCUAUUAACCUCCUCCGGCAGCUUGCCGAGCAGUAUGGUCCGGUAUAUACCGUUUACAUGGGGAUGGAGCGCGUUGUGGUGCUCUGUGGCUAUGACGUGGUGAAAUUGGCUCUUAUUGACAAUGGAGACGUAUUUAGUGGCCGGGGGCACAUGCCACUGCUAGACAAGAUGAGCUCUGGAGGUCAUGGUAAGAACAAACCUGAUCCUUUCUUCUCUAAUACUAAGCCAGACUUCUUAAAGGUACAUUUUCCUGCCAUUUGGUUCACAGAUUAAGCGGGAAGGGGGCGGUAGGGGGUGGUAAGGGGGUGUGACAGAGUAGGUGGUGGUAAGGGGUGUGACAGAGCAGGGGGUGGUAGGGGUCUGGGGCAGGGGGCGGUGGGGAUGUGUAACAGGGCAGGGGUGAUAAGGGGGUUGACAGGGCAGGGGGUCUGUGAUAGGAUACAGGUGGAAGGGUAUCUGUGCCAGGUCAGGGGGGCCUGUGACAGGGAAGGGGGUGGUAGGGGAGCGGAGACUGUGACAGGGGAGGGGGUCAAAAAUUCAUUUUUAUUAAAUGUAUUCCCUGGUGGUCCGGUGGGCUGGCUGUAUCCCUGGUUGUCCUGUGGGCAGGCUGUAUCCCUGGUGGGCUCCCUUUUCGCCAGGUGCAGAGCUGCAGACCACGUGGUAAGUUUCCAGUCAGAGCAUGGCCGUGGUAACCCGACAGAGCUGCAGACUGAAGGCUGGCUCUCUCCUGGGCAGACUUACUGGAGGGGUCUCGCACCCAGCGGCAUUAUAGGCAAGCCGCCCGGCCCCCUCCUGUGUCGGGCCCUGGGUCAUAGGCCAAAGACCCAACAUGUCAGUCUACCCUAUGGCGAUUUAGGAGGCUGCAAAGCCCCAGACCAUGCGAGGCCUUAGGUAGUGGCCUAAAUCGCCUAAUUAGAGAGCCACCUCUGUCUCUAAUGCUAACUCUCUAGCCCUAAUCCUAUAACACUGACCCUCUAAUGCUUACCCUCUAACACCAGCUAUCUAACUCCAACUCUCUAAUACUAACCAUGUAAUACUAACUAUUUAAAACACUGUCAUGGGUGGCGUCUGGAAACUGUAUGCCUGAUGAUGGUAGGAGUCACAGCAUGGAAAUGAACUAUAAGGAUCUGGUGCAGGGUAACCACACGCCCCCUACCAGGGCACUGAUGCAGCUUCUGUGGAUCCCAGGAGCUUGAUAUUUUGCAGAUAUGUGUCCAGUGCUAGAAACAAGGUAAGACUAGAACAGACACCAAACAAGAUAAGACAAGACUAGAAGAACCCAGAACCAGAGCAGGACAGAAAGUAGAACCCAGAACAUGUACACAAUACAUGAGGGAACAGGACAUGGACUGUACAUGAACUGGGAAUGCAAUACAAAAAUAAAACAAGACAAGAGAUACAAGGCAAAACAAGAGGAGACAUAACUAAGUACUAUAUAUGUAAUAAACAUUGGAGAUUUAGACAUACAUAAAUGGCCAAGAUGUAUGCAGCCCACCAAAGUACUCCAAUUAUGGUGGGUCCUAACUGCUUAGAUAUGUAUGACUAAAUAAACAACAAUAAAACACACACAGCACUUACCUGCAAGGAAAGGAGCAGAGGAAUGAGACCAAAGUUUGCAAGAACAGACUGAAACAAAAAGGAUAAAACGGGCGUGGCAACAAAAAACAAACAUUUAAUGGAAUCCAGGAGACUGGGAAUUCCAGGAACGGAAUACAGGAAUGAACCCAGAAACCCAGCAUAAAGAAAACCAGACAUAGAAUAGAAAACCAGAAAAACAAAGAAAAACUAAACAAGAAUUGUAAAAAGAGUACUGGAUACCAGAAGGCAAUGCCAGAAUGAUUCGUAGCUAGGAACAGGAUGUGACAAACACUAACUAUCUAACGCUAACUAUCUAAUACUAUCUAAUGCUAACGAUCUAAUGCUAACGAUCUAAUGCUAACUACCUAAUGCUAACUAUCUAAUGCUAACUAUCUAAUGCUAACUAUCUAACACUAACCAUCUAAUACUAUCUAAUGCUAACUAUCUAAUGCUAACUAUCUAACACUAACCAUCUAAUACUAUCUAAUGCUAACUAUCUAACACUAACCAUCUAAUACUAUCUAAUGCUAACUAUCUAACACUAACCAUCUAAUACUAUCUAAUGCUAACCAUCUAACGCUAACCAUCUAAUAUUUGUAGAUUGACCCCAGGUUACUGAUCAUACGGAAUUCAAUAAAACUAUAAAUAGGGAAGGGGGGGGGGUAUAUGAAACUGCUAUCAGACUUGCUUCAAUAUAAUUCAGUGUAGUUCAGUGGACUGUGAAUACGAACAUAAAGGAACAAAUGCUAUAGACUGAGGUUGUUAAAGGUCUUCACAGUAUAAUGUUAAAUACUUAGCUACAGAGGGAGAUACUUCGUCUCUACCUAAAGAGUAAUAAAGUAACUCCACAGAGAGAGAGCAGGAUAAUAAUUACUAGAUAGCAACGCUAAACUAAAAUGUUAUCCUGCUGGUGAGCUGGUGGUUAAAAGGAUGGCUGAUUAUGGAUAGUAAUGAUUAACAGAGUAGGCAAACAGUGAUCUGUAACCGUGUAGCAAAAAAUAAAUAAAGUAUCAUAUCCUCUAGUAAUCACCUGUAUAAAUAAAGUACACCCCACUAGAAUAAUUCUCUCUAGAAAAAAAAAUAUUAAAUCACAACCUGAUCUCGAGAUCAACAGUAAAAGCCUAUUACAAACCUUGUAUUACUGAUUACUAUAUAUGGACUAGUACAAAUCCCUUUAUUGAACUAAUCACAGAAUACCUGAGUGCUAAAAGGCAAACUCGACCAUAACAGUAAUAUGGGCGUGAUCUGACAGAAUGCUAAUCGGUCUAUGCUAGCCAGCACUGCAAUACCCAUAUCCCCACAUUAUAGGAGCUUCAAUCUUUAAAUCUUUUGUUUGUUUGUUUUAAAUGGGUUUAUGGGGUUGGUCCAGAAGAGCAGCAGGGCCUGCGUUGACUGUCAUUAUUUCCUGUUCUGUCCUCUUCGUUACAUUAGGUAUCGUUAACAGUAACGGUGAGCGCUGGAAACAGCUGCGGCGAUUCUCUCUGAUGACGAUGAGAAACUUUGGGGUGGGGAAGAGGAGCAUUGAGGAGAGGAUCCAGGGAGAAUCUUAUUUUCUUACUGAGGAAUUACGAAAGACCAAGGGUGAGUAAAUUACAAUUAAAAUUGAUAAAUAAGAUCUCUCCCUGCGUAUUGGACCAGUCACAGAAAUUGAAAUAUAGAAGGAUUGGCUGUAUUAUGGAUCAAAUAACAUAUAACCGGCACAAUCAGAUUAUAUCUCAGUUACAGUAUCUCACAAAAGUCAGUACACCCCUCACAUUUUUGUAAAUAUAUCUUUUAAUUUGACAACACUGAAGAAAUGACACUCUGCUACAAUGUAACGUAGUAAGUGUACAGCCGGUAUAACAGUGUAAAUUUGCUGUCCCCUCAAAAUAACUCAACACAGCCAUUAAUGUCUAAACUGUUGGCAACAAAAGUGAGUACACCCCUAAGUCCAAAUUGGGCCCAAUUAGCCAUUUUCCCUCCCCAGGGUCAUGUGACUCGUUAGUGUUACAAGGUCGCAGGUGUGAAUGGGGAGCAGGUGUGUUACAUUUGGUGUAUACUGGCCACUGGAAGUUCAACAUGGCACCUCAUGGCAAAGAACUCUCUGAGAAUCUGAAAAAAAUUGGUCUGCAAUACUGUCAUCCCAGAAGGAAGCCUCUUCUAAAGAUGAUGCACAAGAAAGCCCACAAACAGUUUGCUGAAGACAAGCAGACUAAGGACAUGCAUUACUGCAACCAUGCCCUGUGAUCCAAUGAGACCAAGGUAAACUUAUUUGGUUCAGAUGGUGUCAAGUGUGUGUGGCGGCAACCAGGUGAGGAGUACAAAGACAUGUGUGUCUUGCCUACAGUCAAGCAUGGUGGUGGGAGUGUCAUGGCUUGGACCUGCAUGAGUGGUGCCGGCACUGGUUAGCUACAGGGAACCAUGAAUGCCAACAUGUACUGUGACAUACUGAAACAGAGCAUGAUCCCCUCCCUUUGGAGACUGGGCAACAGGGCAGUAUUCCAACAUGAUAACGACCCCAAACACACCUCCUAGACGACCACUGCUUUGCUAAAGAGGCUGAAGGUAAAGGUGAUGGACUGGCAAAGCAUGUCUCCUAAACCCUAUUGAGCAUCUGUGGGGCAACCUCAAAUGGAAAGUGGGGGAGCGCAAGGUCUUUAACAUCCACCAGCUUCAUGAUGUUGUCAUGGAGGAGUGGAACAGGACUCCAGUGGCAACCUGUGAAGCUCUGGUGAACUCCAUGCCCAUGAAGGUUAAGGCAGUGCUGGAAAAUAAUGGUGGCCACACAAAAUACCAACGGUUUAUAGUUAUUGAGUUAUUUUGAGGGGACGGCAAAUUUACACUGUUAUACAGGCUGUACACUUACUACUUUACAUUGAAGCAGAGGGUAAUUUAUUCAGUGUUGUCACAUGAAAAGAUAUAAUAAAAUAUUUACAAUAUGUGAGGGGUGUACUCACUUUUGAGAGAUACUGUACAUUAAAGAAACACAUCAAACACGGAUGGUUUUAAUCACUAAAUACUGAUUUGAUUUGAUUCCAAAUGGAUUUGGUGAAAAUGACCAGACUCUAAACAGAUUUGUAAUUCUUGUAUUUACAGCUUUAAAAUCGAUGUUUUCCACAUGCAAAUUCUGUACAAAGUAUAGGGCAUUUACAAUACAUCAAUUUUAACCAAAGACUGGACCAAACAAAUGUGGUCAUUGUAACUCGCUUGGCUUUUGGGAAGUGAGUUCUAAACCCCAGACUAUUUGGUCUGCAGACAAAUAGUUAGAAAAAAACUACAUCAGCUCAUGGAUUUAAAAAAAACAAAACCAAAAAAAGCUACAGUCCCCUGAUUGCAUAAACACUCCUCCCAACUAAGACUUUGGCAACAAGCAAUGGAUGAGACAUUUAGCUUGGUUUUCAGAGAAAAUGCAGUGUUUACAUUACAACCGAGGGAUACCUCCACUGGCCACUCCUCCGAUGGCUGCUAUAGGGGCUUCCUGGGGCAGUGCUGCACAGUGUGACUGACAUUCAAUGUCUCCACCCUCUGCAUGGAGACACUGAACCUUCCUCAUAGAGAAGCAUUGAUUCAGUGUGAUGUUCACACACGAAAAGGACAAAGCACUAUUGCAGAUAAUUUGACUGUAACACCAUUAUACUUUAUUAUAAUGAGCAAUGUUCACUUACCUUAUAUACUUACCUUUAUGUUUUAUUGAUCACACCCAGGACUUGUUGUCCUGUUCACUGGGUCUGGUCACCUAUCAUAGUGACCUUUAAUCACUCCAAGAACCAUAACCUGGAAAAGGUUUUGUAAAAGUGUGUUUGUAUAAUUAUGUUUUGUUCUGCUUCACCAGGUCAACUCCUGGAUCCCAUCUUCUAUUUCAGCAAAGCUGUGUCUAAUGUCAUCUGUUCAGUGGUUUUCGGAAAUCGGUUUGAAUAUGAAGACAAGAAUUUUCUUAUACUUUUAGGUCUAAUAAAUAACAUACUUAGAGGAAUCAGCUCUGUUCGGGGACAGGUGAGCACUAAUGAUCUUAGGUGCUGUCCCUUUAACCCAUUAAACAUGUCACUGUCAUUAGGUCACUUUGCUCCUACAUAG